CGAAAAGGAAAUUUGACAGAGGAAGUGCCUUCGAUUUCGAUUUUCUCAAGAGUUCUCCCAGAAAAUGUGAAAAACCAGGAAAAACAUAGGCAAACUGGGAAUAUCAGUACAAAAUUAAACAAAUGUUAUUAAAGAAAAUAUAUAAAGCCUAUUUAAUUAUUUUACCAUAAUAUGACAUAUAUAUUGUUGACAAUAUAUAACUCCGCUUAGAAUCAUUUUUCAUUAGCAACGGGUUAUCGUUUAAAUGUUUUUUUUUUUUUAACAGUUCAAAAAGUAGCUAGGUAAGCUACAAAUUUGAAUUAUAGUUAAUAGAUCUGAAAUACAAGUUUUAUUUUGUAUAUUUUGUAAUUUUUUGAUGUGCACUUCAUAUGUCUGUAUUUUACGAGUUUUCAUUUCAUUAUAGUCGAAUACCUAAGUGUUUCAAACCCAUUUGUUUUACUAUUAUUCGUUGGUUUCACUCACAUAUGUCUAUAGUACGAAGGGAAUUUGUUUUCUUAUAUUAUCUAAUAACUUCUAGAUAAAGAUAAUUCGGUCGAGAUUAGUUGUUUUAGUACGUUUUUAGUGCAAAUAAUUCCGGUUAUAAUUACUUAUAAUAAUGGCUGCACCCUGCCCCAUUAUCCUAGGACGUCUUUUUUGAAUUUGUGUUUCGUGUCUUGGGGACAUAUAUAAUAGACAUAAUAGAGAGAGAGAGAGAAAUCAAAUAUGUAUUUUCACCCCAUUAACAAUAGAAAAAAAAAUAUAUCUUUUUGUUUGUUCACUUUUUAAAAUUGUCAAAAUAGGUACUUUAUAUUAGAGAUUAUAGUAAAAAUGUUAAUAUAUUAAACGUGCAUAUCCGAUAAAUAUAGUUCUUCAGUAAUAACUGUUUUCAUUUUUAAAGAAAGGGUAUAAAUUACUUUUAUUAUAGUGUUGUGAUUUCUUAUCACGUAAUGUAGUUUAAUGUAACUUUUGCAGGCCUUUUUUCAAGAAAUGAAAACUAUUAUUACUAAAAAACUAUGCAUUGGUCAAUAUAUGGGUAUGUAUAAUAAUAUAUUAACAUUUUAAUUAAAGUAUCAAUCACAAAGUGGCUAUUUUAAAAACGUUUAAAAGUGAACAUAUAAAAUUAAUUUUCUUGAAAAGUGAAAAUAAAAUGAAAGAAUUAAAAAAAAAAAAAUGUAAUAUUAACAGAGCUAUUAGGUAUUAGCAUCGGGAAAACAUAGUAGGAAAUCCUGUAUAGAUUUUGACCAUAAAAUAUACCCACUGCUUUUAAAACAUAUCCGUUGCUUAAAAACGUUGUAUUUAUACUAUCCUACUUAGACACGAUAUUCCCAUACAAUAAAUAAAAAUAAUAAACAAUUUGAAAAAUGUCACUUGAGUAAAAUACAAGAAGGUACACGCACGACUACAUAUAAUAUUAGCCUAGAUUUUUAACUAGAAAUAAUAUUAUUUCUUGCAAGCGAUCGGUUCGUUUUUAUUUGAUAUUGUGUUUGUUCGGCUAUCUUAUACAAACGAGUAAAACUAAGCUAAUAGAAAUUUACAUACAUAUAGUUACGCCCAUUUUUUUAAAUAUUUUCUACGCUAAAAUAUACUUUAACAGUAAAAAACACACAUAUCGAGAGAUAUGUAUAUAAACGACAUCACCCUAAUGAUAACAUUUUUACAUUUAUAACAAACGGUCAACUAAACUAAAUAUAAUUGGUUUGUAAAUUAUAGAUAGUUAUCGUACUUACAGAUAACAGAACUUAAUAUCUGACGAUUUCAAUUUGUUUCACCAUAGUCUGUAAAAAACAAAAAUUGUAUAAUCAAUAUAUUUGUUUUGAAAACUUUCGUAUAGAUAAUCAUUGCAGGUGCUUGAUAAAAGUUGCACAGUGUAUAUUUUAUAAAUCUUUAUGUAAAUUAUUUUUGCCUUUCCCAAGAGAGUUAAAAUAUAAAAUGUACAAUAAAAAUUAAAAAAAGGAAAUAAAAAGUAAUACGGAGAAAUCGAUAACCGUCCACGAUCGGCGAUACAUGCGGAAAACGCGUUUUUACUUUUUAUUCGAGACGAAAUCUAUAAUGAAAAUUAAUUUACAGUUUUAUCUAUUGGCGAAUAUGAAACAACAAUGGGCUGCGAUUGUGAUCACUAUCGUUCUACUGGUAACCAAAGUCCAUCAUAUCGCCACACUCGACAUACUGGCGAUAUUCCCGUUUAGUGGCAUGAGUCACUUUCACAUGUUCCACGUCGUUUCUAGAGCGCUGGUUGCGCGUGGCCACAACGUGACCGUAGUAAGCCAUUUUCCUAGAACCCUGCAAGAUACCCCCGUCGACCAGGAGCAAAACAGCCCACAGGGUACUUUCAUCGAUUACAGUUUGGCUGGCACCGUACCGAUGUUCGAGAACUACACCGUUGAUGACGUGACCGGCUCCGGGUACAUUGAACAGGCCUUGCUUAUCUUGCAGGACGGUUUGGACAACUGCGAAGGAAUCAUGUCAUCGGGUCGGCUCGACGAGCUGAUGCGAUCACGGGCCGUAUUCGACCUCGUUCUUGUCGAAGUAAGUCGUAUCGUUUUAUAAAAAUAAAAAUCACUAACUGUAUAGUAGAGUUCCAUAUAAAGUAUGAAGUCAGCGGCGAUAUACUGAGACCGAAAAUAGGAUUGAUUAACCUCAUAAAAUAUUUUUUUACACCAUAAAUUAUGUAAAGAUAUUAUAGAAACGGUUUAUGAUCGCAUAAUUCGUAGAAUAAAACUAUAAACAAAUAUUUCAUUAAUACAAUUUUGCCUCUUGGUAUAUAGUAUUAAUAUCUUACUCACAAUUUGCCUGUAGUCACGUUAAAAACCAAUUAGAUAGCCGAUCGUUAAGUUAGGUUAGGGUUACGUUAAAUUAAUGCCUAACUGUUUAUCGAGUAUAAUAAUAGUCUACUAAGUAACUAAGUAACCAAUUUGUAUACUAUGACAAACUUAUUAUUUUGUACAUAAUUUAUUAUAAUAGAUAUGUAAAAUGUACUAUCCUAAUAUUGUAUGAUUCAGAUAAAAUAUAUAUUAUAUAAGUAUUAUGAAAAAUUACGUUAUUUUGAUGUGAAAAACUUUGUAAUAGGUUUAUAUUAUAGGAAUAUAUACAGUUUUAUAGUAAACUAUAAGUUAUAAUAAUAUAACUUACACAUAGUUCUAUGUAAUACACAAUAUGCCAAUUGCAUUAGCAUAAUAGCACAGAUCUAUACAGAUGUUCUGAGUAAAACGAUGACGUUAUUAGUUUUUAUGAAAACAAUUUUUCAGUUGUAAAAAUGCUUUCACCUAUACUUUAAAAGAUACAGAUUUUUGAACAGAUGGUAAAAUUACAUUAUUUUUUAAAUUCCCAAUCUUUUUUUCAAAUUAUUUUAGAUUCUGAACGGAGCGAAGAAGCUCAUGGUUUUACAAAGAUGUUUAUUUUUUUUUUUUUUAUCUGUUAACAACUUUUUUUACUAGAAGACUUGCUUGGAUUUCUAAGUAUAGCACCUUUUCUGAAAAGAAAUCGGUGUGGAAAGGUACUUUAAAGAGGUCAUUUUUCGAUUUUUUCAAAAGUCUUCUCAUAAAAUUUUCAAAAUCCGAAAAAAAAAACAGGAAAAUGUACAAAAUACAUUACUAAAAUAUUAAUAUUGUUUUUCCUGUGCACAAUUUUUCCACCAGCAAUUUUUCUCCAACUUUUAAUGAUAGUUUUAAAAGGAAAUUUUACUAGGGAAGUACUUUAGAGAAUCAUUUUUUCGUAAGCAAUGGUUUAUCGUUGUUUACAGGUAUACAUUUAACUAUCUAUAACAGUAGCACACCCGUCCCCAUUAUCCUAGGACGUCUUUUUUUGAUUCCUGAUUUAUCUUGGAAACAAGGGAAAAAUAGGAUUAAUAUAUAAUAAAUUAAUACACUGCUCUGCAGAAUUGUUUUUCGUUUUUGUAAUAGUUUAUCGUUGAGUACAGACUACAGACCUAAAUUUAAUUAUUCUGUAUGAUCCAUUCCAACUUCCUUCCUAAAAUAGCAGCACACCCAUCAAUUGUAUCAGUUAUUUUAAUACAAAUGAUAAGUGUUAUUUCUGAAAAGGAUUUUUGCCCUGUGUAUUGAGAAUAUAUUUUGCUUCGUUCGUGUCGGUAAAAAAAAAUCGAUUGAUUAGUCGACGCGCGAUAGUGAAAAUAAUAAUUAUAUCAUAUGAAAAGAAUAAUGGGGACAGGUGCACCCAUUAUCCUAGGACGCCUUUUUUAUUUUUUUUAACACUUUUUGUUUAGUAAAAUAUUCUAAUUGAUUUACGCAGUGCUUCAAAAGAUGUGGAAUGUUUACCGGUAGUGCUUUAAUUGAAACUUUUUUAAUAUGUUCAACAGUUCAUUUACGGAUCCUUACGUCUUAUUUUUUUUUCUCAGAAAAUGCUUUUUCGAUUAGUAAAAAUAAUGCUGUAAAUUAUUCACGUUAUAUAUUAAAAGGUUAAAAAAUUCAGAUUAUUUUUCGUUUAAUGGUACUAGAAUUGAAACAAUUUCUAGAUAUUCUACAGUUUUUUUAUAGUAUUCAAUAACUGAUAAAUGUCAUCAUGUCGGUACAUAAAUUAGAUUUAUUUUCUUAAAUUUCAAGGUAACUUUGACUAAAACAAAAAACCACGAUUAAUAUAACUCGCUCAGAAUCGAUUUUUGAUUGCAAAUAGGUAUACUAAGAUACAUAUAAUAAGUUAUGUGGUCCACGGAUAAAAGGUCAACCGAUUAGUGCGCAUUACACAGUUAACCACUCUCUUAGUUUUCCUAUCAUAAUAUAGUGUUUCUAGGACACGCCAUUUUCAUCGAAUAAAAAACUACGUGGUUCUACAAUAUUAUUUUCGCAUAGUCGUUUUGUAUACUGAAACCCAUUAAACGGAAAACCUUAUUUGUUUUCAUGCGAUUUUGUAAAUAGGUGCCUACCUAUAAGGUGAUCCAUUUAAGUGGGUAGGUACACUCAUUAUCUCGGAAAGUAUUAACUUUUUCGGAAUUUGUUUUAUAGAACGUUUCAGAAAUAAAGAGCUCUAUAAUUUUAUAUUUAUGUUAUUUUUGCAACCCUUAUGUUUGGGGAUAAAACCACUAUCUACUUUUGUUUUCACAUAGCAACGUUUACUAAAAAUGUCUUAAAUAGAUAGAGUAUUAGUUUAAAUAAAUUUUGAUAUUUUAAUUUUUAAUUUCCAUCAAUUCAUUGACGUGUUUUUCUACUUUUAAGUUUAGGUAGUGAACGGUAUGAAAACGCCGCGCGCUAUGUCGCCACACAAAUGAUGCUCCACUACUGCACCCCGACUCAAAUUUAAUAACGGAAUAACUCGUCAACGGACUGACAGAAAUCAAAAAUUUCAACACUAAAAUUAACUUUAUAUAAUAUGUCAUCUAUUUAUGGAAUUUUUAAUAUAGGUUAACAUUUAAAAAUUAAAAUUAGAUAGUGGUUUUUUCCCCCAAAAUAACGUUGAUAGAAAAUAACAUAAAUGUAAAAUUUUAGAGUUACUUGUUUCUUAAAUUUUCUAUAAAACAUUUUCCGAAAAAAUUUAAGACUUUCUAAUAUUAGAUAAUGAGUGUAUCACCUAAAUGGACCUUAUACGUAUACCAUGUACAUUUAAUGUUUGUAGUUACAUUUCGAUUCCGGUCGAGUAAAUAGCGUGGCAGAUACUCACCUAUUCCAAAUCCCCGGAAAUCAUUUACAGAGGGAUUAUUUCUGGGUUCAUUUUUUUUUUUUUACAUUAAAAUACCUACAUAAUUAAUAGUAUUUUUUUUUUUAAUUAAAAAUAAUAAAAAGCAAAAUAAAUAUGACAUAACGGCGGUGCACUUGUAUACAUAAGCCGAUUUCAUAAUAUAUAAUAGCCCUCGAGGCACCUCAUUCCCUUAUAUCAAUAUAUAUAUUAUAUUAUAUAUAUAUAUAUAUAUAUAUACAGCACACAGAGUAUUACGGUAAUUUAAAAAAAAUAUAUUCACGUUAAUGCAAUCUUACGCAGUAAAUAUGACAGCACUGUUACUAACAGGGAUGGGCAAGAUACUUCAAAACGUGUAUAUAUACUCGAUACUAUAGAAACAUAAAUUUUAAUUAUCUAUAAAUAUAGAAUAUAGACUUAACUUAUUUAUUAGGUGUGGCAAUAUACCCCCUAGCAUUGGCAGUAUAAAACACUAUACGUUUUAUAAUUAAUAUAAGGAGCAGUAAACAUAAUAUACGAUAUACUAUAUACAUAAUAAUAUACAAAUAACGCACACUAGUAUAUUCCUAGAUUGCCGUAGCGUGUACUGUGUGAUUACAUUAAUAAAAACAGGUAACUAUUUAACUGUAACUAUAAAUAUUUAGUUAAUAGUUUUACGAUAAAUAACCAUUAAUACCUAAUAAAUUUCUAAAUCUACAACAUUGGCUACAGCUAGUUCACGAUGUUGUACGCAGGUUAUACACAGUAAAAACAUGUAUAAGUACACAAUAGUAUUAUUAUUUAACUAUUUUUGGUUAUAUUUGGUUAUAUAUUCUAUAUUUGUUUAAUAAAAAAAUAAUAUAAUUUUGUAUAGCUAUAUUUAGAAGAUAAAAGAAAUAUUAUGCUUAUCAAACGAAAAAAAAAAAUUAUAUUUAUAUUGAAAAAGACGGACAUACUUCGCCAGAUGGGUAGGUCACUGUUAUAGAUAGUUAGUAGGAUAGUAAAAAAAGUUUAAUUUAAUGUAUAUAUGUACACAUUGAUUAAUCAUUGAUAACAAAAAACGAUUCUGAGCAGAGUUCGGUUAUACAUGUUCUGAAAGGCUGUAGGUAAUAUUUACGAUUUUCAUUGAAAUUUGAUAAUAAAAUUCUUAUAAAAGAAAAAAUACUACAUUUAACUCAAUUUUUUCUUAUUGGCCACUAAAUACAACCAAUAAUGAGACUCGUGUUAAAUUUUCAAGCACAUAUGUUUGGUCUAACAAUUUCGUCCACAGAGUACCUACCGAAUAAAAAUCACCUAGAAUACUCAUAAAAUUAAAAUGUCUAUAAAUAGCUCAAAAAUAGAAUAAAUGUUUUGAACAUUUUACCAUGUCUAAAAAAGUCAAAUACCCAAGUCAAUAUACUCAACCCAGCCUAUAUAUUUUUCACUGCGAAAAAUGAAAACCUUAAAAAUUUCAAUUUGAACAUCACAACAUGAUAUAAUUAAUUAUUUAUGUAGAUAUUAUCAAUCACGAAGCACGAAUUUGAUAAUAGUAAAAAAUAAAUAAACGACAUUGCACAUGAUACUUAAAAAUUAAAUUAUCUUGGCAAAUUAAUUAAAAUUAAAAACAAAUAAUAAUUAAAUGUAAGUAAAAGAGCUGAUACUGGAGACGGGUGUGGUCACUGUUGCAGGUGGGUAGUUGGAAAGACGGGACACAUAAAGUUAUUUAAUUUAUACCUGUAGCCAAAGAUUGACCAUUCCAAACAAGAAAUGAAAAAAAAGAACAAAAUCGAUCUCUCGUCAUUAUUUUAUUGAAGGAAUAUUUCUGGUAGAAAAUAUCGUGUACACAAAUUUUAAAUAAUGAAAUCGAUAACGCUGUUGUGCACUGUAAAUAUUUGCCGUUUUACCUAUAAUUUUCUUUCAAGUUUUUUCAUAUUAUUUUAAAAAUCAUUAAGAAAAUCAAAAGUUGACGUCUUUAAUGCAAUAACUAUACAAUAUUACCACUUGGAAAAAAGUGUUAUACUCUACACAUCGGACCAAGAUUUUUGAUAGAAAAGUUGUAUACAAACAUAAAAAAAAAUAAUAAUACAAAAUACAUAUCAUAAAAAAUCCAAUAAAUUCCUUUCAAUGCUUUAUAAAUUGAAAACAAACAUCAUUUUAAAACCAAAAUAUUCCGAUCUAUGUCAAAUAUCAAUAUCGAUUUCUAAUGAUCGUAAAAAUAAUUUCUACCUAUGCUAAUUAAAAAUUAAAGUAUCUAUGUAUGCAUUUUAAAUAUUAAAUAAUGUAAAAAUGUAAAUAUUAUUUAGUAAAUAAUAUUUUAUAGUUUAAGAAAUUGGUAUUAAAUUAUGUGAUAACUGAUAAUUAUUACAAUAUAGAAAAAAACGUAUAAUGGGGAUGGGCGCAGCCACUGUUAUAGAUAGUUUAAUGUGUUAAUGUAACAUUAUAAAUUGCCGGUAGAAAAGUUGUCCACGGGAAAAAAAGGCCGUAAUGUUUUUAUUAAUACCUAUAAUUUUUUUUUACAUUUUCCCGUUUUUUCUCAGUUUUUUUUCAGUUUUUUACAAACGAUGAGAAAACUCUUUAGAAAAUCGAAAAAUAACCUCUUUAAAGUACCUCCUCAGUCAAAUUUCUUUUAAGAAACAUUUCUAUCAUUAUAAAUUGAAGCAAAUUUGCUGGUAGAAAAAUUGUUCAUAGGAUAAAAGAUUAUAAAUAUAAAAUAUAAAAAUAAAAACAGAAUUUGAUUAUUUUUAUUACCUUUGGAGAUAUUCAAGGGGUAUAUUUUCGAAGGACAGCCUGUAAAGAAGCAAUUCCCCUAACGCUAUACAUACUACAUAGUAUCAAGGGAUUUACUUAAUCGCAAUCAUUAUGAGAAAUAAAACAUAUUUUAUAAAAAUUUACAUAGGUAAGCCAUACAUUACAAAAUAAUAGUAUCUAUUAUAGAGACUAUAGAGAUACUCUAUACUUUAUGAAAUCGUAUCAUGAUAUAAGAUAUAGUUAUUUUAUUUGAGAUACUAAUAUUAUAUUGACGGUCUGUAUUUAUCGAGCACAGCUAACGUACACUAAAAUAUUUUUCCGGCAUCUACUGUACAUAGUAUUAUAAUAGAAGUACUCCUAGAGUUAAAUAUCUGAGUUGUGCAUAUUAUUAUAUUAUUUAAGAACUAAAUCUCGUCCGAUAGAACUCUCCGCCGCAUCGUUUUCUUUUGAAAAGAGACGCGUGUGAAGUAAUAAUAACAACUGGGAUAGUAAAAAUUUAGACGCGGCAGCCAUUCAGUUACCCGCGAUGAUACGAUGGGUAGGUGUACCAAAAGUUUUAUUCGGGUCGCACAUAAAAUAAUGAUAAUAGUAAUAAUAUUAUCGAAAUGAUUUAGUGUUGUCGCGAAAUGCGAGUUCUGUGUAUAAUAUAUACGAUCAUUAUUCCCGUCAUAGAUUUCAUAAUUUAUGCUCCAAGUUUUCGUGGACUAAAUUAGGCGUGUUCACAAUUAUUAUUAUUAUAGAAAGUUGUAGUAUAUAUGAGUAAGUAUAGCGGUCACGGUACUACAUGAUGAAAAAUGAAAAGCUAAAAUAAGCAUUUUGUUGAUGUAUUUUUUUUUCCACAGCGUAGACAAACAAAUAACCUACUUCGCAGCAAGUGUAAGCAGUUGUUGUUUAAUAGGCGGAAAGUUUGAUACAUCUAUAAGAUUGAGAGACAGAGGGUGGUUUGUUUUAUGUACUGAAAGCAACUAUAAAUCAUUGGGAUCAAAAACAAUUUUGAAUGGACUAGUUUUAUAAUAGUAAUAUUAAUCGUGGUUUUUCUCUUGUAGCCAUAGUGUAAUCGAUAUAUGUGUCGAUACAUUUGUUCUUCACUUUUGAAUUUGAUUGAAAAUCUUUUUAGAAUUAAGAUAUUAUUUUAUCCAAGUAAAAUACCACAAGAUAAAAAUCCACAUGUUUCAAGGUUCGAUGUGAAUAAAUUUAGUGUAUGUAAGUAUUAAUUAAAAUAUAUUACAGCCUUCUUUUUUUCUGUGCACAACUUUUCUACCAGAAAUUUUGAUCCAACUUUUAAAAACAUCAAUGCUUCUAAAAUGAAAUUUAACAAGCGUGGUACUUUAAAGAGGUCAUUUUUCGAUUUUCCCAAAAGUUUUCCCAGCAAAUGUGAAAAACCGGGAUAAGACAUGAAAAACCUGGAAAAACGUAAGAAAACUGGGAAAAUCGGUACAAAAUUAAACAAAUAUAAUUAAAGAAAAUAUAUAAAGUCUAUUUUUUUACGUGUAAACAACUUCUUUACCAGAAAUCUCACCAAUCAAAAACUGUAUAAAACUUUCUUGUAUAAUCUAUUAAUAUAAUCUGUUUUCAAAUUAGCCAAACUUAACUGUAAAUAAUAAUUUCUUUUUUUUAAAUUAUUAAACAUUAAUCUUAAUAUUGUCAAACGUAGUUCCUUAUUCAAAAAUGUAUAAGACUUAAGUAUAGAAAAUAAAAUAAGAAGUUGCUAUUUAAAAUUAAAAAUAAUUAUUCAUUUAGAACCAAAAGGAGCAGAAGUAAGGCUGAAACAGUCCCAUAUUAGUGAUUGAAAAAAAGUAAAAUCAAAUGAAAUUUAUUAAAAAUAUUCCAUGUAAUAAACGCUAGAUCACAAUUAAAAAAAUUCCAUUCUGUAAUACAAUAAACAUUUCAUAACAUGUUAAUAAAACGUUAUAAUAUUUAAAAAAAAUUGUCAUAUACACCGAAAAACAGCCAUCAUAUAAUAAAUCUUUAAAAUGUUUUCCUCAUUAUAAAUGCCCUGUGGCAGCAUCUGCAGUCGACAAGUAAAGUAUAUGAUUAUUGUAAAAUGUAUUAUUAUCCAAUAUUCAUUCAGGGUUUUUUUUUUUUUUUUUUUGUAUCAAUAAAUCGUUUACAGUCCAGUAUUAUAUAUUAUAUAUGAAUUUAAAAGCUACCCAAAUUAAUACGGUAAAUACCUCAUAUAAUAAUAUGCACGACACGCAUCAUAAAACGAUAUUGAUUUUUGUACAUAACAUUAUAAUAUUAUAAAAAAUCGUUACGAUUAUUAUAAUUUUACGCAACAGAAAUAAUAUAUAUUCUAAAUGUACAUCUUAAUUAAAAUUGUGUAUGAGGAGGAAAGUGGGACAAGUUAUACCUUAGGUUUAAUAAUUAUCCUGGUAAAACUGGUGGUUCGAUAUUCUUCAUUUUUAUUACGGGUACUCUUUAGUACACAAAGAGCAAAUGAUAAUUUUUUGGUGUAAUAAUAUUUAGUAUUUUUAUAUUUUUUAACUAUCUUAGAAGAUUUGAUAAUUUGGUUAGAGCUGGUGCAAGUUGAUUACUGUAUAGUUUCUGUUGAAUAAUGUUCUAUAAGUACAUUUCAAAUGUAAUAUUUAAAUAAGCUCUAAUGUUCAAUACUUAAAUCAAAUUUAAUUCAUUAUAAAAUAGGUAGAUAAUUAUCACAUUAUAUUUAUAAGGAACUUAAAGUUACUAUGAAGUUUGUAACAUAUUCCUAGUUAUUAUUACCUCUUUAAUAACUUCAAAUAGAAAUAUUUUAUAGUAAAGCAGAAGACAGUGGCAAUUUUUCAGGUUCAUAAUCUUGCCCCAGUUAGCUUACAUAUAACUUUGACCACAUUAUUAUUUAAACCCAGAGUAAAAUAAAAUUGUACGUACUUUCUAAUAUACUCCAAACAACUACCACUAUCCUCACAUGCAAAAAUAAAUAUAAUUAUUUAUUUGGUUUAUUGUAGAAGGCCUACAUUUUUUAUUUUAAUACGAAAAACAAAAAUAUGAUAACCGAAAUUCAUAUUUUAUCACAUAAUAAUUUGUAGAAAUAUAAUUUACACUAUACCAUCCAUUUUUUUCUAAAUAUCCUAAAAAAUCACCACUUGAUGUCGUAACAAGCAUUUAAAACCGAAUCAAUCAAUUUGUUCCACACGACAAUUUUCUCUAUAUUUUUUUUUAACACCCCUUUAUGCACUUCUUUAUACGGGUUUUUCUUGUCCAUCGACUUUAUUGUCGAUAACGUGCCGAUCAUCGUAUCCGUCAUAAUCCGAUGUGUUAUUACUGUGAAUUUGUGUGGCAUGCAGAGUUAUUAAUUUUAAAAAAGGACUUUUCACUCCAAAAUCAAUACAUCGUGGAUAUAGAUAAUAAUAUUUAUGAUUUAAUGUAACAAUUAUAUUACAUAAUAAAUCUACUAACCGCGUUGGAUUCCAAAAAAAUCCAGACACCUUUAAUUUUAUAAAAGAAAAAAAAGGCAAAUUACGAUUUUCGGCUAUUAAUUAUUACUAUGUCUCUAUCUAUCUCUUUCUGCAAGUGGAGUUAUGAACGUUAGAAAAUCGUAUCGCUAUGUAAUUUAUUUAUCGUGGUUCAGUCAAUUUCUCAGAUGAUUUUAAAUAAAUUUAAUUUCAAUUAUUCGUUUUCCUAUUUAAUUAUGGAAUUAUGUACGAUUUAUUUGAACAUGAUUCUAAAUUGUUUAACACUACUCCUAGUGCUUAAAAUGAGUAUCCACUUAAGAUUUUUCACAAGCCCCCCUUUCAACCACAGAUCCAAAUAGGGAAUAUUUUUCUAGAAAUUUUGAUAUGCGUAACACCAAUAACAAAUUUAACAUUUAUGAGUUACACGAGUUAAAAGUUUAAACAGAAGGAGUAGGGAAGAAUAAUAAAUUACACAUCAAUUUUUAAAUGAUAAAUUUAUAUAUCUUCUUUCUAAAUUCACUAUUUUAAUCUAUUAUAGGAAUUAUGGCUGCUAUUUGAAUAUUACAAUAAGUGAAUACUAAUUGCAAGUAUAAGGAAUAGAGGUAAAACAUUGAAAAUAGUGAUAAAAAAGACCGACAAACUUUGUACGAUGAGUGGGCCGCUAUUUUAAGGAAAAAUUAGGAAGUAAAAUAUACAGGAUAAUUUAAUUUAUAAGCAACAAUAAAUCGUAACUAACGAAAAACAAUUAAAAACGAAGUUUUUUAACAUGUACGUAAAUUUUCCCGAUUUUCCUAAAUUUUUUCCCAAGUUUUCUCAAAUAUUAUGAAAACCGCUUGAAAAAUCAAAAAAUAAUCUCUUUAUAUUACUCAGAAAAAUUUUUUUUCCAAAAAAGAUUCUAGAUCAAGAUUUUUGAGAAAAGUUAUUCCCAGAUAAAAAAAAAGGAUAACAUCAUUGUAAAACCAAUACAUUUUUUGCUACGUUUUAAAUCUAAAAGCUUAAACACAUCCAUAAUGAUUAAAUAAAAACAUAAAUCAAAUUCAAAAUCAAUCGAAUUAUAAACCUCCGAGAAAAAUGCUGGUUCAUAAUAAAGAAACUGUCUAAUAUGGUUGAAGUAUUAUUAUAAGCUAGAUACGUUUGCCAGAAAUAGAAUUUCACAUAUUACAAGUCUAUUAUAAAAUAUAUAAUACAGUUUAAUUCAGACGGGAAGUAUAUACAAUUUUAUCUCCAUAUAAAUAUGGUUAAUAUUAUCUAAUAUUUGUAUUAAUGUGAUAUGCAUAUAAUCAAAAUAUUUAGUAAAUAUACUCUUUUUGAUACUGGAUUAAAAGCGAAAGGAAGGGAGGUAGUGUUUAUUAUUUAUUUUGAAAAUGAAAAAUUAAUAAUGUUGUGUUUAUGGCACAAUAUAGAUAAUGGAAUGAUGUUGUGAAUAUUUUUUUUUUUGGAAAAAAGAAAACUCCAGGGCAAAAUUGAUCAUAUGAUAAAUACAUUAGUUUAAAAAAAAAAAAAUGGUAAAAAUUGGUGACAUUUAAACUCUAAUUAAAGCGUUUAAAAAUGUAAUUAUCUAAAUCCAAUUUCAAUGUGCCAUCUAAGAAGUCGUGAAGAAUGCCGACCAAAACAAGAUCAUCAAAAUCGGCGUAAUCUACGAGGCAUGCAAGUUUUUUUUUUCUGUCAAACAUGUUUUGUGCAAAAUAACCAGUCGCGCGCAAGCUCUUUAAACGACUGAAAAAACCCCAAAUCGAAAUUUUCGUAGAAAAUCUCUGGACCGUGAUAAAAGUAAUCACCCUGAAAUAUUUAAUAUAUUAUCAUAUAUAAUAUAUAUUCUAAACGCACUAUUAAAAUUGCAAAUAGGUAUAUUGUUAUUUUGCACCAUUCAUUAUGACGGAAAUACAACCACGUCAUGGUAGUCGGGUGUGCGUGUGUUAUUUCGCGAGAAUAAUAAUAAUUAUAACGAUGUCGUUAAAAUGAGCGCGACACUCGAGAACUACUACAACGCGAAUUUCUCGUCUCGGCGACAAUAUCAUAAUAAUAUAUACCCGUCCCAGUCCACAUCGUGUAUACUUUUUGUUGAAAUUAAAAUCCGGUAGUUGCAAAGGGUACAUUUUCCGACUUGUCGUCUGAACGUGUAGCGCAGUUGAAAAGGUCGGAGAGAAAAUAUCUAAAACCCGAAACUAUAUAAUACAAUAAUAUGCGAUAUCUUUUAUCUAAAUAAUUAAAGACAUUAUUAUAGGUUUUUAGAUUCAGCAAGGAGCAGAUCAAUAAAUUGAUUUUUCUAUAAUGUAUUUUUUUUUUUUUUUUUUGUAUGUGUGAGCAACAUUUCAAAUAGAAAACUUGCUCCGAUGUAUCAACUUAAGCACCUUUUCUGAAACGAUAUUUUAUCUAGUUGGUGCAAUAAAGAGAUUAUUUUUUGAUUUUCAAAGGGGUUUUAAAAAUAACUGGGAAAAACCAGAAAGAAAAGUAUAGGUAAAACGACAAAUAUUUACGGCGCACUGCGAUGUUACCAAUUCCUUUGUUUUUAAUGUUUGCAAACUAUGUUUUCUACUAUAUUGUUUUAAUUAAAAAAGAAGCCAUUUUUGUUAAAUUUUGAAUCUAGAUGCUUACAUAGAAAAUCAUUUUUUUUUAAUAAUUAGGAAAAACCGAGAAAAUAAAAACUGACAAAUUUACGGCGUUACGAUUUCAUUAUUUUAAAUGUUUACGCUUUAUGUUUUCGAUUAAAAAUAUUGCUCCAAUAAAAAUGCAACAAGACUUUUUUUUUUACAAUUUUACAAGAAGACAUAAUAAGAACAGAAUAAUUUACAAAAAUAAUUCUUUUAUUAUAUUUUUCAAUUUUAUUUUUUUAUAGUACAUAUAAAAAUUUCAGACUUAAAAUUUUAACACGAAACUUAUAUUUGUGUUUUCUAGAUGUGGUAAAAAUUAAAAAAUAUUUAAGCCAUUUUCAAGCUAUAAUAUACAUUUUAAUUUUGGAGUUUUUACAUCAUUUUUAUUAGGUAAUAUUUAAAAUGUGGCUAAUUAUCAGACUAAACAGAAAUACUUAAAAAAAAAAUAAAAGGCGUAUACCUAAUAAUCAGAACAAAAUAAUUGAGUGUAAUGUACAAUUUUUUUUUUUUAUUUUUUUUAAAUCAAAUUUUGACGAAAAUCAUAAAUAUUACGACCUUUUGUAAUAUUAACAUAACCGAAUUUUGCUCCAAAUCGUUUUUCGAUAGCAAUGAUUUAUUGUUGAUUACAGGUACAAACUAAAUUAUUUUAUGUAUCUCACUUUUCCAACUACCCACCGCAGUAUAAAAUUUUUUAGUAAUCCAUAUCGGCGAUUGAAAGAGGCACUAUAUAUUUUAUAUAUAAUAUAAAUUACUAUUUAGUUUUAAAUAAGAAAUCAAUUUACAUUAUGUCAUUUGUGGUAAUAUGUGACAAAUAUGUUUUGCAACCCUCCCCUCCUCCGAAAUUGUUUCAUUCGCUCCCCUCAGAUUCGCUAUAUACCUAAUCGAUUUCAUCGAACGAAAUACUAUGAAAACACUACUACUAUUACAAUAAUCGGGAUUAUUGAUAAUCAGAACAAUUGAUAAUCCAGAUUAUCCGAUUAACUGGAUUUUUUAAAAACUCGGAAUAAUAUUCAAAUUCUUAGAUCAAUCUAUAACUCUUUUAAUUUAUUAAACAUUUAAAUCCCUACUAUUUUGUAAUAAAUAUUAUACACUUAACAGUUAAUUAUUGCUCGUUAUAAAUUCAAUCGCGGCGUAUAUAAGUAUAAUUGUAUAAUAAUUAUUAGUAUAUGCGAUCACCUGUAUAUGUUUUAAUCGCGGUAUGGGAAUGAGUCGGUAAAUUGUUAAGAAUGCUAUGGUUCUUUUUUUAAAUUACUAUUAAUAACUAAUAUUAAACUGUAAAUAUUUAAAUAAAUAAUUAAUAUAGUUAAAUAUUUAAAUAAAUAAUUAAUAUUAUUUCCAAAUUAUUACAUCCCAAAUCUGGGUUAGCGUUUGAUUUUAAAUGCACGAAUGUUUACAUAUACGGUGAUGUCUUAUAAUAUUACAAAUCAGUCGUAAAAAUAUCAUGGACAGUUGUCCAUAGUAUUUUUACGACUGAAGAAAGAAAAAACGAAAGAACGACUGUGAUGCAGAGGGCUAUCCUACAAAAAAACCAUAUAUAUUUAUAGCCUGUCAACUCUUCCGAGUAAAUCUAACUAAUUUACCGAGAUGGCAAGUUGUAUGAACUAACCCAUAAAUGAUGUGAUAAAAUUAUACGAAAUUAAAUACAAAUUCAUUCAAUAUUAUCUCAUAAUUCAUGGUAUAAAUAAUUAAUAUUUCAAUGGCUAUACAAUACAAUUAUUGUCCUUUUAGUAUAUCACUGUUAACUACCGACAAGAAGACUUAUUUUAAAAUAACGAAAUAAAUCAGCGGUAUAAAGUGGAAAACCGUAAAUUGAACGCGAUAUUUUAUACCACAAUAAAUAAACCUAACCGCAAUAUUAUUUUAUUAUGAUUAUCUUUGUGUUGUAGAUAUAAUAUCGUUUAACGCCAACGAUAUAGUAAAAUCGGGAUGGCCGUUCAAAAAAAAAUAAUUCGAACUUCGAAGCAGUUGAGUGGGAGUAGGAGAUACUCACAGCGGGCAGUACCUAGUUGUAUAUUAUUAUUAUAAAACUGUCAAUAUACAGGGACAUUUAAUUUCUUAUACUGUAGUCCAGCAAUUUUACAUAAAUUUGAUUUCUCUUCUUUCAACAGUUGUAUAUGAAUAUAUGUGAUUGAAAGGGACAAGGUAAGAAGGGCAUUUUUCCAUUUUUAGAAAUUGUUUAUCAGAGAAAAACUUCUUUACAGCUACAUGCAUGCAAUAUUAUUAUUUUUUUUUUUUAAUCUACAUGACUAAUAUUUUACCAUACAAUUAAUAUAAUAUUCAACAGAAAACUUUUCAUCAUCAAAACACUAUCGAAUGGUACCAUUGUCUUAAAAUUGAAAAAAAAAUGAACGACUACUGUUAACGGGAUAGAUUUAUAAAAUGUUGAAAUUAUUUCAAAUAUAAUUAUUGAAUGGUUAUAACAAUUAUAACUAUAACAAUUGAUUAAAAAAAAACCUAAUUAAUUUUACUCAAAACCUUCAUAGAUGAAAAAAAAUAUCACUCUGUAUAAACGAUAUGGAUUUCAUUGAGCCCGAAUUGAUUGAGCUCUUAUAAGGUUGAAUUGAGUUGUGAAUUCGAUCGUUCAUUAUGUUGUAAUUGGGUUAUAUUCUAACAGAUACUUUGAAUUUAUAUCGUUAUUUCUUUUUUUUUUCAUAGGCUAAUAUGUAAUCUUGUAAUUUAUCCAAAACAGUUUGAUUUCGUUCACGAUCGCUUUGGAAUAAGUGCAAAUAUGAUAUUUAAUAAUAAUAUAUAAUAUAAUAAUAAUUAUGGUUUGAAGAAAAAUUUUAUUUUAUUUUUUGUUAGACACGCGUAUUCGUUUGAUUAUGUUUUCGGUGAUAAUAUUCCCAUCUAGAAAACUAAGUUGACCAAAACUAAAAACUCACUUGCGUUUAAUACUUGCAUUACUUUGUGUAUUACUGUUACUUAAUUACAUAUUGCAGUUUAAAUACCCAAUAACAAGAAUAUGGUGUUAUCCAUUUAAAGUAUUAUUUAAAUUGGCUGAGAGGUACUAUUUUUUGCUAAACGGUUUUUAUUUUACUAUUCUGAUACUGGUGGCGUGGGCAUGCAGUUUAAUAACAUUAUGGUAAGUAUAAGACGGAAUACCGAAACAAACAAAAACACGCUAACACUAAGUUUUAACCACAAUAACCCGAGUGAUGGUAUAAAUAGGGACAAAUCGAACGGAGGGGGGAGGCAAUUGACCUAUAUAUAUACAAAUAAACAAUCGAAGGAUAGGUAUUAGAACCCGAAUAUAAACAAUAGGCUUGCAGUAAGAAAGACUCAAAGAACGGAUUAUUGGUUCGAAUGCGGUCGAAUGUUCCUAUCCUUCGAAUGAAUCACUCGAAAAUCCCGCGAGAAAAAUAACUGCUUGGACGAAAAACCAUUGUUUUGUCAUCGUGAAAUAAGAAUGCAUUUGCAAGGAAAAAAAAAAUUUUUCAUAUCCUAUAUAUAUAUCAUAUGAUAUAAUUAUUAUUUUGGCCAUCGCGCGUCGACUAAUAAUCGAUUUUUUUUUUUACCGAUGCAAACGAAGCAAAAUAUUUUCUCUAUACAUAGGGGGAAAAUCUUUUUCAAAAAUAACACUUAUAAUUUAUAUUGAAAUAACUGAUACUAUUGGUGGGUUAUUUGAUUUAUAUUUGUAAGCAACGAUAAGCUAUUGUAAACCAAAAACGAUUGUCUUGAUGUACUAAGUAGAUCCAAAAUGCAAAAAAAAGAAGGUUUCUUGUAAUUUUUUGAUGAAAUUAUAAUAUUUGUCGUAGAAAAAUUGUUUACAGAUACAAAAUAUAGUCGUAAUAAUAAGCAUAUAUAGUAAAACCAAUGCAUUCCUCGCUCCUCAUAGAAUCUAAAAGAAAAUCAAACAUGGUAAGAUCGGUUUGGCGUUGAAACGAUGACAUGGUAUAAUAAUUCGAAACAUGUCGUUUUAGGUGUUUUGUCAGUAAAUCAAGCGAAAUAUAUUGUACGGCAAUCGCGACAGUAAUAGGUAGGAAUGGUAACAUAAAUAAUUAUGUUUCAUGGAAAAGGCUGAAUACACAUGCGCAGUUGAUGCAUCCAGAAAGUAUGUUCGACAAUACCUUUACUGGCGCGAUUAGUAACACAACUAAAGGAGGUGUUUUGAGACCCCCCUCUCUUAUCAUUUGACAAUAUUACAAAAAUUAUAUGAGACUUCUUGGCUUUUAUAAUAUUUUAUAGGACACCAACAGUAAUGUUUUCUAAAUAAAAGUUAUGGGGGAGGGGGGUUGGAGGAAUUUGAAUUAAGUAUUAUUUUAUUCGAGGAGAAGAGUGUUAAUUACUAAAAUUGAUUAACGUGAUUGGCUAAAUAACAUAUUUCAUAGUUGAGUAUCUACUACCCACCUAAAUAAUACUGGUUAUAUUUAAUAAGAGUAUUGAGAAAUUAAAAAAAUAAAAAAACAAAUUGAUGAUAACUGGCUCCGUUGAAAUAUAAAGACACUUUACGAAGAAAAAAAAUAUCAAAUCUACUGUGGGAAAAAAACAUUUUACGGUUGUCAUUCAAUAGCAUAGUCGUCAUCGACUGUGUGCGACGACGACAUUCGUAUAAUCCUUGAACUGCACGCCAAAUUCCUGUCGUUCUUAUUUAAAUGGUGAAAAAGUAGUAUUUUAAAUACAUUUCAAAGUUAAAUAACUAAACAACAUUGUGUCCGAUAAUACCUACCUAAUAUAUUGUCAAAUGACAGCGUUUAAAUCGUUAAAUUGUAUUACCGUUGAAAGUAUCAUUUCUCCUCGGUUGAUUAGAAAUAUAUUAACCUCAAAAAAAAUACCAAUUAUUAAAAUUUGGAUAUGUAUAAGUACAAAUUUAAUGUCUACGAACUGAUGAACCUGAACCAUGAUAGACAAGAUUAUUAAUUUUUCUACAUCAAUAUGUGACCAGUCCGUCAUGGCUUUUGCCUUUUCCCACUAUUUUUCUAUUUUCACCUAAUGUGGUUUUUCUAUUAUAUUAAAUUAUUUGGUAUAGUAUCAGAUUUAGAAUUAGAAUGAGACUUUAGAUUUUGAAUUUAGCGAAGAAUGUAUCGGUUUCACAAAGAUGUUUAUUUUUUUAUUAUUUUUUUUUUUUUUUUAUAUGAACACUUUUUCUGCCUGAUAGCUUAUUUUGAUUAUCAAGUAAAGCAUCUGAAAAUGUUCUCUGGGUGAUACUUUGAAAAGGUCGUUUUUGAAAUUCUCAUUAAUAUUCGAGAUAAUGAAAAAAACGUGGUAAUUUAGGUUAGAAAAGAUUGAAAGAUUAAACAUGUUUAAACAGAUUAAACAGGUUGUCAUUGGCAACCGUUUUUAUUUAUUUUUUGUUAUUAUUAAGUUUUUAUUAUUUUAAUCUUUUUUGUCAUGAAAACUCACAUUAUUGUAACCAUUUUACCAUAAUAUGACAUAUAUAUUGUUGACAAAGCAAUACUAUCAACUGAAUUUAGAAUCGUUUAUUCGUUAUUUAUUCGCAAUAUUUUAUCGUUGCUUACAAAUAUACAUUAAAUUCUUGUCUGUAUCCUACCUUCCCAACUUCCCACCUACAACAGUUGCUGCACCCACAUGCGAAGUAUGUCCAUCCUUUUUUAUGUUUUAAAGUUGCGGUAUGUAGUUCUCGGUUUUUUGGAGGAGAACAGUUGUGUCUCAUAUUAUUACAGUGUGGUUGAAGUUGUUACACAUGUAAAGUUAACUAUUUAUUUAUACAUUUAAAUUAAAAUCUCAUCAUAAUAUUAAAUAAUAUUCAAAUUUACACCUUAUUAUAUCAUUAGGUAUACAUUAUUUUGUUUUUUCUUAAACAAGUAUUCGCCUAUUUCAAAAAUAACAUUUUGUUAUCUUUAUACAGAGCAAUAGUGUAGGCAGGAUGAUGACGGAAACAAGCACUAUGGAAAUGAGUUAAUUUACCAAUUUUUUAUAGUUUCGGGUUACUAUAAUAAUGCUAUAUACGGUUUACUUGCAUACAUCAUUUAUCAGGAUAAUAUUAAAUAGCUAGUCAAACUUUUGAUUUUUUUUUUUUAAAUCAAGUAACUUGACUCAAUAAAAUCAAUUUUUUUCAUUAGCACAGAACUCUAAUGUAUUGAUUACAUUUUUCCGGACGGAUUGUAAAAUGUAUUUCAUACCGAAGAAAUAAUAUAUGUUUACGUAUACCUUUUAAUUAUAUUAUCGGGCUCAUGGUUGCCAAAAGAUAUACGUAACAUACCUACCUAGGAGUUUUUGUGUUUUUCACUAUAUAUUAUAAUUUUAUAUUAUGUAUAAUAUAUAUAGUUAAUUUCGCAACGAAACUGUGAAUUUAUACACGCCUGUUUGUGAAAUAAUAAAUCGAGUAGUUCGCAUUUUGGAAUCGGUCCAGUUAUAUGGUUGGCCAUUAAAUUCUCUCAAUCUGCCUGAGAUAUACAAAGUAGAGCUCUUUCGCCGGAGGCUGCAUUAUUAGUUAUGCCCUCCUCACAUCUUAGGAUAAAAAAUACCAGAUCUAUUUUACACCUCGGGUACACUGUUGCAACAUGUUGUAGAUAUAAAAUUAUUUAAAGAUAUUUUUGUUGAUAAUUUAUAUACAAAUGUUUCACAUAAAGUACCUACUACUGGAUAGAAAAUCUACAUCUUUUAAUUAGAAUAAACGGUGUAAGAUUUGUGAUGGAUUUUUACCAAAUGUGAAAAAUAGGUUACAGACUUUUUAAAAAAAAAAAAACCAUAGAUUAUUAAAAAUCAUAAAUUUGUUAAAAAACUUGUUUAUGAUACACAUUCGAUUAUGUGAUGAUGAAUUAUACGAUAAUAUGAAAAAUAUUUAAAAUAAAUCACAAAAAUCGUUCCAUUCACAUUGAUUGAAUCAUCACAAAAUGCAUGGCAUAAACAAAUAUUUCAUAGUUAUAAUAAAAAUGGAAAUGACCACCUCUAAAAUUAAAUCAUGGUUCGAGGUCUGCUUACCGACCACGCUCGCUCCAUGUAAUAAUAGCGGUGGCAGUGACGACGAGAGCUGUUGAUUGCGUCGAAAAUUGACGACCUAACACGAGACGCGUACCGUCGACUAGAUGGUUCGGAUUUGUUCGACGGUUCAGUUUGCAUGCGAUGCUGUUCAAUCUUAUCUUGAAUAGAAUAAGCAUAUUCGUUUUAAAAGUACAUUUAUUUUUACUUUUUAGAUCUUUAACACGGGUUGCUACGUGUCGGUAGCCAACUAUUUCGGCGCCCCGGUAGUGGGCAUCACGUCGACCAGCCUGUACCCGUGGUGGGCAAGUGUUACUGGGGCCGGUGACGUGGUGAUGCCGUCGUACGUACCGGUUAACCUCUUGCCGUUCACGGCACGAAUGACUUUUACGGAACGCUUGCUGAACACCGCCAUGCUGUUUACGAUGCGAACAUAUUACAAGUACAAAUACGAACCCGAAGUAAGCGCAGCACACAUUUGACUGUUGUUUUUGCAGAUCAUAAAAACUGUACGUAAUCGCAAUAGUCUAAUGACAAACGCCGAUUACGUGGUGAUCAUAGUUCCCACAAACUAUAUAUUUCCUAAAAUUGUUUAUAGUUUUUAGUUAAUAACAUUACACGUUAAAUAGGUACCCUUUGCAAAUAAUAAUUAACGUAAUAAUCGUAUCCUCUACAAUCUUGUAGAACACUUCUCUCGUUCCGGGAAAUCAAAUUUUGGUCACAGUGAAAAUAACGUAGUCUACUUUACGUAGGUGUGUUAAUUUUCUCAGACAUCAUACCGCAGCUGCCAUAAUUAUUUCAAUAACCAAUUCUCGUUUUUUCCUGUCGUUUCGAAAGGAUUAUGUGCGGCGUUCAUAUUGAUAUUAUGUGCGGCAAUAUGAAUAACCAAUAACCAUAGCUGACGUAUACUAAACGUGAUUUUAAGGCUCAACGAAUCGUCGACAAAUACUUGGGGAAAUUGAAUAGCACAGUGUCGCAAUCCGUGAACAACGUUAAUGCUCUCAUCGUUAACACGCAUUUCGCAUUCGGAGACACCAGACCAUUGCUACCGGGCAUCAUCGAAAUCGGAGGGUGCACGUACAAGAGUCCAAAACCCUUGACCGAAGUGAGUUCAUACCAAGUUUUUAAUAUGAUUUUUAUACAUUACAAAUAGCUGAUCGAUAACACCGCGUUCGCACAUUCAAUUUUAGAUUUUGAGUAUAGUGAAUAUUAAAUUACUGGUUUUACUAUGACGUGUGCUUAUUUUGUAUUUGUUUAUUUUUUCUGUCUGUGAGCAACUUUUCUACUAGAAACAUUAAUCCAUUUGAAAAAUAACAAAAGCCUUUUUUUUUUGUAAUUAUAUACCUGGAACAUGAGCGUACAUUAGGGGGGAGCAAAUACAUACAAAUAUAAAUGAAAAAUUUAUGAUCAUUGAUCAUAUUAUAUGGUAGGAUUAUUUUCACUAAUGGUUUCCCAUCGGUUAUUGAAGACAUAAUUGGAAAAUCAAAAUAGCAUAGGCGAUUACGUCGGUUAGAAUCAUUGAUUUUCAAUGAAUACUCAAUUAUGAUCAACGAUAGAAUCUAUAGAAGUGUACGAUUAGAUAUUAUCUGUUAUCUACACAUUAUAUUAGAUUUAAUCGAUUACAUUGUCCAAUAUUGAGUGCGGCUUUUAAAUUAUUUGCUAAAACUUUAAAGUGUAUCAGACGUUAGUCGUUGUUUAACAGUUUGUUAAGAACAAUAACGACAGUAUAAAAUAUCAACAUGUGCAGUGUCUUUAUUCGGUGUUUAAUUUUAAUUUGCAUGAUUAGUAUUAAUUGACAUGAAGCUAUGUUCAGUUUAAAUUUCAGUUUAUUACAAAUUAAACCACCUACCUACUGUUAGUUAUUUUAUAAAUAAUUAUAUAAUUAUGAUAAAUACUAUUGUAGAAAAUAUAAAUGCAGUCAUAUAAUAUUAUGGUACGUAAACUUACAUAGGUAUAGCUGUUAAUAGGUUAACAGGUAGAUAAAUAUUAUUGAAAAAUAUAGUUUUCCCCUCCCAUGGAUUUUCGAAGAUGAACGCCCUUGAAUUGGAACAAUGAACGGAUCACUUUUGAUUUGGUCAUUUUAGAUGGUUUUCAUAAUAAUUGGGAAAACCUUAAAAUGACCUUAAAGAAAAACGGACACAAAUUUUCAGCAUCAAUAAUUUCAUUAUUUUAAAUUUUUUUCGAUUUUUUUUUUUACCUAAAUCUUGCUUCAAAUUUCAAGAGUAACAUCAUUUUUGAAAAAAAAAAUUGUACAGUUGUGAGUAAUUAAUAGUUUUUUAACUUUUUUUAAUAAUUGAGAAUAAAAACAAAAUUCGUAUAAACCCAAUAAACGGAAUAAACCCUAAUAAUAAUUAUAAUUUGUACUGUUAAAAAAUGAAUUCAAAAAUGUUUCAUGCAAAUAUUGAUAUUUGUUGUAGAAAAGAAAUGUCAAGUAAUAUUUAUAUUCAAAUACAUUACGAUUACUUUACUUUAUUGUUUUGCGUAUGACUGGUAUACCAUUAAUAAUUUACGACAUCGUUAAUAACCGAUCGGACUUUUUACUUCCGAAGCACGAAAUCACAAUUGAGGCGGUACGAAUUUUCGACCGAAGCGCGACGUUUGCACCUUUAAAGUUAAUAUACCUCUUAGUCUAAAAUAAAAUAUCCGAUAAAAAAGUACACCUUCAUAAUAUAAAAAUGACCCAAAAUGAAAACCCGGUUGUUUUCAUCAUACUAUGUAAUUUCGGAAUGCAUAUAUUGCCCUAGACCACAAAAAAGACAAAAAACAAAAAUAAUUUUAACAUUAUUAUUACGUUCAUUGUGUUUGUCGUCAUCGGCUUCAGGCUUUCUCUUGAAUCUCCCGGUGGUCCUACUAUCCCAAAUAAUUCAAACGAAUUUUGAUCCCCAUGGUGCACUCAAGAACGAGGUCAUUCACGUUAUCCCCAUAGGUAGUCGACUAAAAUUUGACGAGGAAUUGAGGACAUUCGGUCUCCACGGUAUUGCACUCUAGAAUACGAGCAUAAUAUUGGGCCUCCGAAUUAUUUUAUUUUGAACUAUCAUAAUCCACGAGUUAUUGUCAUCAAUAAUAGUAAUAACAAUAUUAUAUUAUGUCAUAUUUGCGUGUAUUUCGAAUAUUAAGUAACGUUUCAAACAGUUACGAAUAUUCCAUCUUCAAUAACUUGUGUAAUAAUAUUAUCGUUCGAUUAUUAUUUUUAAACACAAUUUUUUUAUUUUUCAACUAUAAUAUUUCAGAAACCUAAUGAUGGCGUAAGCCAAAACUUAGUAGUUGUGUAAAUAAAACUUAUAUACGCUUUAUGUCAAUUUUUUAAACAAAAUUUGUUUAAAUAAUUAAAUAAAAGUGUCAUAAAAUCUCAAAUAUAUAAUAUAAUAUUUCGUUUAAAAAGUAUAAAUGAAAACCGGGAAACGCGUUGUAAAUAUUACCGAAUUUAUUCACAGACAAUACUGUUAGUAUUUUAUAUGUGAACCUAUAAACGGGGCUGUCCUUUGGGGAAAAGGCACUAGAACUCGCAAAACCCAAAACCCAUUUUUACUUAGAUUUAAGGUUUCACAUACAAAAAAUAUUAAAGUAAUUAUAUAAUAAUUUAUUAUUAAUAAGAUAUGAAAAUAUUCAAAAUGUUGCCCUGGGUCUCGCAAAUCAUGCCUAUAAGUGAGUGGGUAUAAUACUUGUGAAUAUUGCGCUGCUAGUAAUAGUUUCUUUUGGCAUUGAGCCUCAGAAAAAUAAAAGGAUCAAUAUUAAUAUAAUAAUAAUUACGUUCUGUUGAAGUGCAGUAGGUAUACAAAAAAUAUAAACAAUAUUAAUAUUAUAAUUCUGUAAAAAAAAACACCCUAAAAACUAAAAGUAUAAACCAAUUAUUCGGUCGUCCAUGAAAAAAAAAAAAUCGUUCAUGUGCAUGAGACAGAAUAAAGUUUUCCAUAUUACAAUAUAUUAUAGGUUUUCCUGUGUUUUUUUUUUUCAUUCAAAUAAUUUUUAAAUGUUAGUUCCAUAUUUUUGGCCUUCAUAUUAUUAUUAUAUUCUACUGAGCAUAACGCAAAUCUGAAAAUCUCAUUUUGGAUGUCAAUAAUAAGUUCGUUGUCUAAUAUACGAGUACAUAAAAUAUCGUAAACGACGCGCAACAUUGAGGGACACUAUAUUAUUUUAUAAACUAUAAUAAUAUGAUAAUCAACAAUAAAUUAUAGAAACGUGUUAGUUCAACUGAUUUUUCAAAUUUCAAUUCUCUCGUUUGACAAGUCUGAUAUGUUUUGUUCUUUUUCUUGUAUCGUAAUAUUUUUAACACGUAACCAAGACAUUUUAUGUGAGAAGUAGAUUUUAUUAUUUUAUUAUAUCAGAUAACCAAUAUCUAUAAAGAUAAUAAAUCAUAAAUGUAUAAAACAACUAGAUAGCUGAAAUCAACAGCAAUUUACUAAAAGGGCACAUGGUAUUAAUUAAUCCAUAAAAUAUUAAUGCCAUGAAAUAUGGGAUUGUGUAGAAAUAAUUUGUGAUUAAUUUCAAAUGCGUAAUAUUAUCGUGGCAUAAAUGAAUGGCUCAUGAGUCAGUAAAUACAAUUUGAAUUCAUGUCAUAAUAUGGCUGCCAAGUUUAAGAUUUACUUAUAAAGUCGGUUAUCUGGUUAAUAUAUCUGUGUGGUAAAAUGACCAAAUUAUAAAACAAUAUCGACAAUAUCGAUUGCCUAUAGCUACUAUCCAGUAGUUUUUUUAAAAUAAUUUUUAUCAAAAAUAAGUUUCUAACACAAUUCACUCAGAUAUAGUUACUACUUUAGAAAUGUUAGAUAGGUAGCCAUGAAAUAUAUAAUAUAUAGUUUUUGAUUAUCCAGUCGAACAAAUUUUUGCAAAACGAUUAACACAUAUAAAUGAACGUAAAUCUAAAUGAAUAUGUGUUUUUUUUUUUAUAUAUAUAUAACUAGGUAUCUUCUUUCGUUUAUAAAAAGCAGGUACUUUUUCUUUAUUGUUUUCUCGGAAUAAACAAGAUUUCAAACUAGGUAGGUACCUAUAUAUAAUAUAUAUAUAUUUAUACGAAGCGGAAUACUAAACACAUACUCCCACAAAGUUUCGAGGGUAUUUCCGUCCGCCGGUAAUCGAAAAUCAUGUUUACAGAACCGAACAAUGGACGCCAGUGUAAACAAUAUAGUUCAGCGCAUUUUUCGUUUGUCGAAUCUAAAAAUUAAAUUUAAAAAAAUCUAUAUUGAAGUACAGAAUUUUCUCUGCAUAUCGUGUGCGCGAUAAUAUUAUUAAACUAUAUUAUACUGUUGAAAACAGGUACUGUACUUAAAAAAAAAUCUUUUCCGUUACUACAUUGUACUGUUAGGUUUAAUUCGCUGCGAAUUACGGGCAUGAAAUGGUUAUAGUCUGAUCUCAAUGAAUAAACACAAUUAUUUUGGAAUGGUGAUACCAUACUAGGGAACAAAAUAUUCUACUACGAGUAUAUUCGAGUUGAUUUUAACUUACCUUUGAUUUUUUAUUAAAUUAAUUUAAUUUUGUUCACAUUAACAUAAUAAAUAACAAGUUUAUUUCAAACUAUACCAUGUUAAAAGUUAAUUUCGACUUCUUUAACUAUAACAUACAAUUGAAUUUAAUUAAAUCCAGCGUACAAAUAUUUUGUUUUUUUUUACUUGAUAAUGUGUGUGGAGUUUAAAACAAGUAUAAUUUGACAUUCUAAAAAAAAACCCCCAUUGUAUUUAAUAUUUAUCAUCAUUAUUUUCAAAAAAAUCACAAACUGUAGCUCUAAUCAUUUUCAGAGAGAAUCAGAGAAAAUUCGGCUUACGUGUUUAUACUGUACUUAUUGUUUAAUAUAUUGUAUACUCGUCGAUUUCUGCAAGUUAUCGAGUAAAAUCAAAAUAUUAAGUCAAAUUAGAAAACAAAAUACAAAAAAUUGUUACGACGCGUUCAUGCACCCCAGCAUCUCGUCACGUAUCUUACUUUACGCGGAUAACAAAAAAGUAAAAAAUAAAGGCGUACAAACACUCAGAAACUCUAAUCGUUUUCCACUUGAAAAAAAUAAUAAUAACAAUAAACGCGGUCGCCUAUUAGAUGGAGAAGAAAAGAUCAUUACGGGCCGUAAUAAAAAAAAAAAAACAUUUUCGUGAGCAAAGACGAGGAAACCGAAAAUUCGUUCGCACGUUUCCACGACAUUCACUCCGUUACCAACGUCAUAACAUAUUAUAUUAUAUCCUCUUUCAAAAAUAAUAUUACGAAACUUUAUGACGGCGGUAGUGGUCGUAAUAAUAAUAUAUACGGUUAGUAACCCCACGCACGCCCUACGCUUGUUAUUUCGGAUCCGUGCGUGUUGCAGGUAUAUUUUUUAGUUUUGUGACCAUAUUAUUGUUAUGUGUAUAAAAUACAACGUGACGUGCAACUAAGAUUUAUUUUUGGGUUGUUAUGAAUUUCAAAUAAAUUUCUGGAUAAAUUUUAAGGACAAUAAAUUACUUUUAUUAAAUUUAUAGAUGAAAUGCACAACGUUUACGUACUUAUUCAAAAUUACAAAAAAAUAUCUAAAAUUGGAAUUGGAAUUCUGCAACUAAUAUACAUAUCAUAUUAACAAUACAUUUACAUUACAAAACAAAAAAACUCAAAUUUCAAAGGCUGAGGCUUUUAACUUCCAACCUCUCCUCGCUGGUUGUGUCUCUGAAUACAACUCCAACUAAACGGUGUCGCUCAAUGGUUAUGCGAAAAGUUAAAAAUCGAAUAUAUAAUUUUAAUAGUCGACAUAUUUAAUCAAUUUCUUAUUACAAAUAUAUUCUAUGAUAUAUCGCCUAAUUUGAUGUUUCAAAGUAUAUACUUAAUAAUAAAAUAUAUAAGUACCGAUAAUUUGUUUUGUCUAUUUUUUAUACCCGCAGUUUCUCAGCAAAAAUGUUUCGAACAUUUACGGAGUCAAUCGUUUGUAAAUACAUCGGAUAGAUUUUUUUGCUCAAAUUAUCUUUAACAAAAACCUUUUUUAGUUCAAGUGAAGAAAAAUUGUAUUGGUUAUACUAUGAUCUGUGCUUUUUUUGAGUGAAUGUAUAUGUUACCAACUUUUCUACCGUCUGGUAGAUAUCUUGUUCCAGUCAUCAAGUGUAGGUGCAUCAAUCAAGUGCAUAUAAUUCUAAAAGGAAAUUGUAUAUGUUUGGUACAUCAAAGAUGUUUUUCGUUAUCAAUGAUUUAUCAUCAUGUUCAAAGUAUAAAUUAAAUAGACAACUCUAUGUAUUCUAUACCUCACCGACUUCCCAUCUACAACAGUUGUACACUGCAAUAAUAGCUCAUUCUUAAUUUUGUUUUUUGCCACUUCACAAAUACUGGCAACUACGACGACGGUAUCAGUCGUAUCGUUCUAAAAAUUCGAUCGUUCGUCGUUCAAUUCCAAAAAAAAAUAUAAAAAAAUAAGUUGCGCAUAAUAUUAUUAUUUGCCGAUUGAAAUCCUCUAGCUAUAUAUAUAUGUAUAUAUCCGCCGUCGUAUAUAAUAUACAAUACACAAUCGUCUGAAAUAAGCUGUUCCGAGUUUUCGUUUAUACAUCUUUGUGUAUUUUCCCUUCUGCUUCCCGUUUUUUUUUUUACAAUGAGCUAUUCGUCUUCUCAUUCUUUUCGAGCGCGUACACACCUCAUCUACUUUCAUCCGAUUUAAAACACUUAUUUCAAAUGAAAAUCUUGAUUAAAAAAGAUAAACACCGCGGGGUUUAAACAACAAACGGUUCGCAGCUAUACACAACAGCACAAUAAUAAUGGUCUAUAAAACAUCAACAUCGCCUUAACGUAUUUAAUUUUCGUGUCAUUAUAAAGUUAUACUAACUAAUGUAAGUAUAGCAUCGUCUCGUAUAAAGUAAACAAUUCCGCGCAUAGAAUAUGUCGGAAAUAAUUAAUCACAUUUUACAACGGUCGUCGUAUUACCCUCGCCGUCAUAAGUAAUUAUUAUUACUAUAAAAGUAUACUAAAUAUUAUACACGCUACGCACCAUCGUUCGAAUUUGUAUGUAAUAUUAUUAAAACGCAUAAAUUAAAUAUUUACUUAUCAGGGUUAUCGAACCGUUAAGUAUUUGCACAAAAUCAUCUCCUAAUCAAUUCGCAUACAAUAAAAUAGAAAUGUAUUAGUCACACUGCCAAUUCAUAAUUAGGUCGAUAUUGAGCAAAAUAGAUAGAAUUAGUUAAAAAAUAUUUUAAAUAUUUUUUAUUUCACAAUUUGUACUAGCAAAUAUAAUAGAAUAUAGAAAUUACAGCCAAUCAACUGAUCGGUUGUUGUUUACAGGUAAUCUGAAUUCUGCACCUCCGGGUUACGGAAAACAACGUCGCGCACUAACCUGAUAUUAUAGUAUGUUUACCUGUGCUACGGAAACGUUGACUGCCGCAUUGGUCAGAAGUAAUUCUCGAAAAUUCUUAACGGCGGUGAAAAUAAUUCGUAUAUAAUAUAAAUUCAUGAUGGAUAAUCUAUCUUACUUUUUACCUCCAUUUUUAGAUACAUGAGAAUUUAAUGUGGUACCAUAAGUAGUACCACAAUAUAUUAUUAUCAUAUCUGAUAUAGCCACCCGAUAGUUCUAUCUCCCUAAUUCGAUAUUUAAUUGAAGUGCAAGUGCAAGGGGGGAGGAGAGGGUGUGGUCCAUAGUUUUAAUUUUAUAAGGUUAUAAACUAAUAAUAAUAUAUUAUAAAUGCCUAAUAAUAUUAUUCGUCAGUGUAAGGUAGGUGUUUUAUAAUUAUAUAAAUAUAUAAUAUUAUAACGGUGUAAUACUCGUUAUUAUAUUACACACUCCAUUAAUACACAUAGGUAUCUUUACUAAUAUUAUUAUUAUUAAUCAAAUUGUGGCUCUUAAAUAAUUUUAAAGUCGUUUUCCGUGUUAAUUAUAAUGUAAAAUAUUAUGUUUUCCACGGACGUGUUGUAGUCGUAUAUGACGUAAAAGUAGUGUAAUUAUCAUAAUAUAUUCUACGUAUAGCGUAACCCAGGGAAAAUAUUAUAAUUUAGAACCCUUGUAAUUAUUAAAUUUUUUUUGUUGUGCAUAUUCAAAUAAUAAUACGGUUACACCGAACAAUAUAUAAUUAGAAAACAAAAUUAAUCUAUUUUAAAAUAGCUACAUUGAGUGCGUUAUCUACAGUCUACACGUAUACUCGUACGUUAUAAUAUCAUAAAACACGUUGAAACAACAAUACGAUUACCUAUAUAAUAUUAUACUGCUAAAUUAUUUAUUGAAUGAUGACGAUGAUGUAUACGUAGGGAGAGGCAUUGAGGAAUUGAAACAUUCCCCGUUAGCCAUAUAAUAUCUAUACUUUUUUUCUUGUUCGUUUAUAAAAUUAUAAGUAUCUCUAAUAAAUUUAAUUCACUUUUAAUUAAUUAUUGUAAUUUGUAAUUAACCGACUCAAGUCCAGACUAUAUGCUAUAACAUAUUAUAUAUAUAGGUACUGGAUUAAAAUAAUUCUAAAUUUAAUCUUACAAUUAGAACGCUAUAUUUAUUUAUAUUUUGUAUUCAUUAAUUUUAAAUAUUUAGAUACGUAAAAAGCAAAAAUCCUUUCGAAAACAGGAACCAAUAAUAAAGAAAAUCAAUUUGACGUGACCCUUACCCCUAUCGCAGUGAGUGAGUGUUGCUCGGAAGUUUAUUUUUUAAAAAGGAUACUUAAGUUUUCGUCACAAAAAAUUAAAUAACCAUAACGGUUGUUUUCAUCUUUGUCACCUAAGUAACCCGUAAAAAAAAAAAUUAUCAAUUUUAGUUUCAAAAAGCUAUCCUAGGAUAAUGGGGACGACUACAACCACUGUUAUAGGUAGAAAGUUGGGAAGGUAAAAUACAGAAGAUAAUUAAAUAUAUAUUUGUAGGCAACAAUAAAUCAUUGCUAACAAAAAAAUAAUUUUGAGCGGAGUUCAGUUGAUAAUAAUGCUUAUUCAACAAUAUAUUGAUAAAAUCGAAAAAUGAUUUCCUUAAAGUAUCUUCCCACGUCGAUUUCCUUUCAGAAAACGUGCAACACGUAGAAAUCCGAGCAAUUCUUUUGGUAGUUGCGCACAGAUGAAAAAAAAAUAAAAUAAAAUAAACAUUUUUGUAAAACCAUAAGGUUCUUAGCUGCAUUCAGAAUUUAAAAAAAGUCUAGGAAUUCUAAUUCUAAAUUAGGAAAUCUAAAUGUAUAGUACCUGAAAUCUGAAAUAAAGAACUGAAUUAUACCUUGGUCACAGAUAAGGUCCAAAUUAAUAACAAAUUAAUUCUUGAACUGAACUUCCGAGGAAGCAAGAUUUGCAAAUGUGGGUACUCUCAGAAUUUCACUCAAUAUGAUACAUCCAGAAUACAAAUAUAUUAUUAAAUAAUUAAUCUUAUCAAUAGAAUUUCUAAGCCCUUAUGGUGUCUCAGUGGGUUUAUUCGUUAUUUCCCAACCAGAGGUUAUUGAGUUCGAAUUCAAUCUUUUUUUUCCAACUAUUGUCUACGUAUGUUUUGUUUUUAUUUUUUUCUCUUAUUACUUACCUAACAUAACGAAUCGAGAUUUUUUUUUUGACUAAAACUUCGAUAUGAGCUUGCAUUUUAGUUGUUGAAUGAUGCGAUCCAAGACUACGUCAUAUCGGAUGUACCAUAAUGAUUCUAAGAGUGAUUUUGGUUAGACACAUUUACAUAAUACACCCUGUGAGAAAAAAUUAUAGGAAAACCGAAACCUAAAUGGAUUGAUAGAUCAAAAAUGAAUAAUCAAGAAAAGUAGGGAUUACAAAUUUUAGUAAAAAAAAAACUCAAAACUUAGAGAAAUAGAUAGAAGGAAGUUAUGUUUUACAACAAAAAGCUUUACACAAAUAUAUUUGAAUAAAAUAACAAUAAUUAAAUAUAAAAAGUAGUGUAGUUAUUUAUGAAAUUAAUUUUCCCCUGAUUUUAAUACCUACUACAGUAUACCGGAUGAUCCAUUUAAAUGUGUACACUCAUUAUUUGAGAAAGUAUUAAAUUUUUCCGGAAUUUGUUUUCUAGAACAUUUAAGAAACAAGCAGAUCUACAAUUUUAUAUCUGUUAUUUUUUACUACCCUUAUUUUUGGGGGUGAAACGACUGUCUACUUUUGAUUUUAAAAUAGCAACCUGUAUUAAAAGUUUCACAAAUAAACGGAGUAUUAGUUAAAAUAAAUUUCGGUGUUGAAAUUUUUGAUUUCCAUUGAUCCGUUUUUGCGAUUUUCCACUUUCAAGUUUAGGUUGCAGGGAAGUAUUUGUGCAUUAUUAACACGUCGCGCUGUACCGCCACACAAAUGGUACUCCAUUACUCUCCUCCAACCUAUAUUUAAAAAUGGAAUAUUAUGUCAACGGAUCGACGGAAAUCAAAAAUUUCAACAUCGAAAUUUAUUUUAACUAAUACUCCGACUAUUAUGGAAUUUUUUAUAUAGGUUGCCAUUUGAAAAUCAAAAUUAGGUAAUGGUUUUACCCCCGAAAAAAGAGUGAAAAAAUUAAUAUAGAUAUAAAAUUGUAGAUCUGCUUGUUUCUUAAAUGUUCUAGAAAACAAAUUCCGGAAAAAUUUAAUACUUUCUCAAAUAAUGAGUGUNCUUUUUAUAUUUAAUUAUUGUUAUUUUAUUCAAAUAUAUUUGUGUAAAGCUUUUUGUUGUAAAACAUAACUUCCUUCUAUCUAUUUCUCUAAGUUUUGAUUUUUUUUUUACUAAAAUUUGUAAUCCCUACUUUUCUUGAUUAUUCAUUUUUGAUCUAUCAAUCUAUUUAGGUUUCGGUUUUCCUAUAAUUUUUUGUCACAGGGUGUAUUAUGUAAAUGUGCCUAACCAAAAUCACUCUUAGAAUCAUUAUGGUACAUCCGAUGUACCAUAAUGUAAUACUUUCCAAGAUAAUAAAUGUAUACACUUGAAUGGAUCACCUAGUAUACAUAGUGAAUAUAUGAAUGCAUUUUCAUAAAUUUUAUAAAAGGGUUAUAUAAUCCUUAAAAGAGUUUUGACACUUUAAGUAUAAUGUCUUAUAGUACCAGUGUAUAAUUAAAUUAUUUAAAAUGUCCUAAAAAUUGAAUGCAAAGUUGUGCGUUAAAUUAUCAGUUUAACGAAUUUCUCGCACGCAAAAAUAGAUAUUUAGUUUUCUGUAUCUGUUCUGAAAAGUCGAACAAACCAUAAAGAUGCAUUUCUAAAUACCGGAUUAGAUUAUAAAAUAAACAACUCGACUAACGCACUAAGAUGUCAAUACUUCUUUCUAAUCUAAUCUAAUCUAAUUUUAAUAUUUACCGAACUUGAGAUUUACAUUCACGCGGGCUUUGGAAAUUUUUUUCAAACAAUAAUUAAGGUUAUUUGAUUUUCUUCUUCGAAAAACCAACGCAAAUACAAAUCCUUCGGCGCGUACUUGUCAAUAGAUACAUAUAUUAUAUCGUUUUUGGGACAAGUGUGUAUAACUAAUAAUGGUUAUACAACUGGGAGAAUUUGUCCCAUUUUGAGAUUUAUCGUGGUCAAAGAUCGUUUUAACUGAAAAAUCCCUUGAAAGGCUCUAAGUCUCAUGUUCGGUGCGAAAACGACGGUCGAGUGUUUUCAAGAAGGAUAAAUCUCAUCGAAACGAGUUUGUUUACUACUUAUUAUAAGCAACACUGAUCUGCAAUUCUACGGAUAGAAAACAUUGCUUGAAAACGCAGUAGUGUUUUAUAAUAUAUAUUGUGUAUCUAUGUAUGUCUUUAUGAAUGUAUGUAUGUAUAUAUAUAUAUAUAUAUAUAUGUGUGUGUAUUCACGUUGUAUAGGAGGUACAAGAGUGAACAAUGAGACUAAUAAAUGGAUAAACCACUCCGGUCGAGAGAGUAAGUGUCACAGUUGCAAUUAAAACUGAAAAUAACAACGGGGUUAUGAUAAAAAAUAAAUAAAUAUAAAUAUCCGUGGCACUCUAAAAUAAAUGUGAAGUAUCAUCGCUCCGGUAUAAAAAUCUAAAUAGUACAAGAAGAAUAAAUAAUAUCGCGAUUGAGAUGGAGAAGAUUUAGACAAUUUUUAGAAUAGCACGUUCCAUUUUAUAUAAUAUAUAUGCUAUAUGUGACAAAAAUAGAAAUAAUAAGGAAAACUUAUAUUGAAAAUUCACAAUUUUAAUAAAAUAUGAAAAUAUUGCAAGUGUUGAAAUACUAGUCGCAAUGUCUUCUUCGUUUGCAUUUGUCAUAAAAACAUUAUAUAUAAGCCCAUACAUUACUCCCAAUGCAUUAAAUACAAUUUACUUUCAUCAUAUCUAAAUAAUUUUAAGUCUUUUAGAUAAUUUUUUUCAUAGUUUUUGGAAUAAUCGUAAAUUUACAAAUUUAAUUUUAUCAGAUAUUCAAUUUACAUUCAAAUUGAUUUUGGAGAUCAAGUUUUCAACGUUCUUAUACAAAUAUAUAAUACACUCCGGUUUAUCCUAUGUUAUCUGUUUUCUUACAGUAGACAUUUUGAGCUUAUUUUAAUUUUUAAUACACUUGAAAACAAUUCAAUCCAAAUAUGUCAGCAUUAAUAUAUACUAUAUAAUAGGUAUGUAGGUAGUAGUAUCUAUGAUGAUAUAUUGAUGCUAUAUAUAAUAAGAUAAACGUAUAUUUAAUAGCUAAAUAUAUAAAAGAAGGUGGUCUAGUUUUAAAGACAACAAGAAAAAGAGCCAUCUUUUAAAAAAUCAUCUUUAAACUCCAUUCGUAUGAAUUUUUUAAUAAAUUACUAUUUUAUUCAACUCGUUCAUGAGGAAAAUAAUUGAACUCCACCUAUAACAUUAUGUAUUUUAAUUUCUUUUAUAUUAUUAUACUUAACUGUCGUUGACGGAAGAUAGAUUUCAUUAUAUUUUAUAGGAUUUGUUUUGACUCUAUGUAUAUCCGUGUAAAGUGUACACUGUACACAACCAUCCUAAAAAAAAUCGAAAAUCACCAAAUCUAUUUUCCAAAAGGGAGUCGUUUUAUUCGAAAUUGGUUGUAUGUUAAUGUUAUUUUUCUUUGGUGAUAAUCACGUAAGAAUAUAUAAAUCAGUUAUGCUUUGUUCGGGAAAAAAAAUUAUCUUAUGUGUGUCACAAUAAAAGGUCUAAAAAACCUGCCACUUGCAGUGCUCAUAACUGACAAAUGAUUUUACAUUUAAAUUUAAAUUUCGGUUUUCUGUACUCAGGACUUAGAAAAUUACGUGUCGAGCGCCCGGCGAGGUGUCAUUUACUUUUCGAUGGGUUCCAUAGUAAAAGGAUCAUCCAUAUCGGCUGAACACUCGUUGGCCAUGAUCAAGGCGUUUAGUCGAUUAGAGGGCUACCACGUGCUGUGGAAAUGGGAGGACGAACCACCGCAUCCAGAAGUCCGAUCUAAUAACGUCAAGUUCGUGCCGUGGAUGCCUCAGUUCGAUGUGCUCAGUAAAUAUUACACGUUAUUCAAAUAUAAUAGACACUUAAUUAUAUCAUAUACUUCAAAUCCAACAUAAACAGUUAACAAAUACUAUAUCGCCAGCUACUCAAAAAGAACUUGUAAGGCCAAAACCAUGGCUAUUAAAAUGUACAUAACUGCGUAAAUAUUGCGCAGUCGUGUUGCAGCCAUCUUUAACACAAUGAAUAGCUACAAUAAUUUUUCAGUAAUGUUUUUGAUUCAACUAUACCAGGAAAAAAAAUUAUUUACAAAGACAAAAAAAAAACUAUUACUGCUGAGAGUCUGCCAUUGUUAUAGAUAGGUAAUCGAUAAAAUGAAAUACAUAGAGUUGAUUAAAUUGUAUCUGUAUGCAACGAUAAACCAUUGCUGAUUAAACACAUUUCUGAAAACGGUUGACAACAUCACGGUUUAUUGAUGGCGUAAUUAUUACGAUUUUCGUCAACAUUUGAACUUAAAAAAAAGAGCCGAUACUUAUUUGUUGUAUUAUUUGUAUUAUUUGUUGUAUUAGUUGGUUAUUGUUGUAGAUGAAAAGUUGGGAAGAUAGAAUACAUAAGGUUAUUUCAUUUAUAUUUGUAAGUGCAAUGAUGAAGUAUUGCUUGACGAAAGACGAUCCCGAGCGCAGUUCGGGAAUACAUAAUUUUUGCGAUUUUCAUUUAAAUUUGAUUUCAAAACGCUUAUUAAAAAAAAAAAAGUUGUCCGACGAUUUUGUAAAUUUUACCAUAUCUAAAUAACUCCAAUAUAAUUACUAAGUUUCAAGUUUCCACAUGUAUUUACGAGAUACUUGUAUAACCGAAUUAUAGCAAAACUACUUCAAAAAAAUUUAAUUUCUUAAAAGCUCAAAAGUGGCUGAAAAUAUUUAGCAAUGAUACCAUAAGAAAGUUAAUCAAAAAGGCAAUAAAAAAGGUAUCUUGUAAUUUUUCUAUUAAAUCAUUAUUUCUGGUCAUCCGUGUUUUUAUAAAAUAAUAAAAUCGUUAAACUGUACGUUUUUCUAUGUUUUUCCUAUCCAAGUGCUUUUAUUCAAAAAAUUGCGUCGAAAAACAAUUAAUGAAGUUUAAAGUAUAAUUUAGACAACUUAAGCUUUCAGAAAAAUUGCUACACGUAAAAAUUGGAGCAAACUUACUAAAAAAAAACGUGUCCCCAGACUAGAACAAAGAAAGAAAGAAAAAGAAGAAAUAAACAGCAUUAUAAAAUCAAUAGCCUCUCGCUACACUCAUUAUCUAAAAUUUGUCCGUCAUGGUAAAACCAACCAAUUUCUCGCUAAAUUCAGAAUUUCGUUUUUCCAAAUUUCCCGUUUGGUUAGAUUAGGUUAGUUGUGAUGUAAAUUUUUAUGAAAUUUUCUAUUUUAAGAAUGGGUGAACAUAUAUUUCGCCUCCCCUCCGCCAUCGUAAGAAGGUCUAGGUAUGCCACUGUUCUCGCUAUAUUUAAUAACUAAAAACAACUUAAAAGUUUUCCAUGAAUAAAGAAAGAUAUACUAAACGGUGGGGUCUAAAAAAAAUUUGUAUAAGUUUGUAAAUCCAUUUCAUAAAUCCAUGCAGAAGGUCAAACAAACUGUGAAAUAUGCCGAACAAAUUUCAGCUGUAUAAGAAAACUUAAGAUCCUAAACGUAUGUUUUCUUCAUUACAACUUAAAUGGUUUUUUUAAACUUUAGUUUUCUGAAACUAUAAUUAUUUAAAAAACAAUAACUUAAUUAAGAUUAAAAAAAAAAAAUGGUAACUCUAAACUUUUGAACGUAAACUAAGGAGAAAUAUCUUUGUUUUUAAUCUUUUGGUCUGGUUUUAACAUUUGACGUACUUAAUUUUACUUGAAAAUAACGAACAAAACAAAGAAACAUACCAUUGUAAAACCAAUAAAUUCUUCCAACACUCGAAAUCUAAACACACGUGGAAAUAAAGCCUGAUCCAGAAGCAGUCUCUUUGCUUUUACCGUCUUCCAUAGAUAGGAUGUUGGGUAAAUUCUAGGAAAUACAAUUUUAAGAGAAAUAAAAAUACCUGGUCGAAUAUCUAAAUAUUUGUUUUUAUUUUGACUUCACAAAGCUUAAAAUCUAUUUUAUGUAUCACGGUUAUCAGUUCCUUUAAAAAUUAAUGCAAAUGAAAAAAUUGAAAAUAGACUUCCUAGAUUUAAGGUAUUUGUUAACAUUAAAAAAUAAUAUUUAAAUAAAUAAAAGAUUGCGACAAUACAGAAAACUCUAUUUAAAUUUUUAAUUUACCUAAUAGCCCAUAAAUUAAUACCAUUACCUACUCAAUAAGACGUAUGAUGGCUAUCCUGUUAUUAACGUUAUUAUCACUAAGGAAGGAAGGAAAAUUCGUGAUGACAACAUCUUCUUCUAUAUGCAUUUUACUGAAACGAAUCUAUUUCGGAGGAUUUUUAAUUCCAACAAACCAAAUUAUAAUAGUUUUAAAAACACCUUUGAAAUGGGAUAAAGAAUAAUGUCCACAAAUAUACUAAUAGAAUAUAAUAUACGAUAGCUGUUACUAAUGUGUCAACAUAUACCUAUCCGCUUGACCGUUUAUAAUAAAUUAUAUUGCCAAAAAUAUUCGUUUCCAUCCCGAACCACAAAAGCCGGCAACAAAACUCGGUUGACAGGUAGCUUAUGAACAAGUCAAAACAAAUAUUAUAAUAUAAUAUAAUACGUAGGUUUAUAUAAUCUUGUUAAGUGAUUUUACGAGGGGCAGUUUAGCGAUCGCUCUCUAAAAGUAUUGCAGUUAUUCACCUAAAUAUUUUUACCGUCAACGGUUCAACAAUCAUCUCAUCAAUAUUCAACCGUCCAUUUCACGUAUUUAUUCACCCUAUGCAUGUUCCACCCAAGUCGAAACAUAAUCUAGUAGUUUUAAAUUUUUAAGAGUUUGGAGGUUUCAAUAGUUUUACAAAACAUAACUCAGUGCUGUAAUUCAAGGUUGGCAAAAUGGGCGAUUACCAAUGGCGUAGUAAAGUAAGGGGGCACAUUUAAAUUAAAUUAAAAUUGGUUUUUGUAUUAAAUUUAUUUUUCUCAUAAAUGAUUUAAAGUUGUAUUAACAUCAAUUAGUAUAAAUGUGCAAUGUACAAAAAUUACACAUAGCCAAUGUUGUAUAUUAAAGAAAGUUUCACUGGUUUCACUGUAUUCACGAAAAAGGCUGGACUAACGGCCGAAAUAAUAAAUACAAUUUCGCAACAACAAAGGCUAAAAAGAUAAAAUUUAAAUAUUAUUGACAAUGAUGUAUUGCAUUGUAUAACAUAAGAUACAUGUAUUUACAUAAAAUAAAAAAAUCAUAACGUUUUUUUAUUUAUUUUUAACUUCUUGUAAUUUAAGACUUGCAUAUUAUCAAUAAUUUAUUGUAACUUAUUAACUAUAAUGAAUCUAUAAUUUAAAAAAUAUAGCAGUAUUUUAAUUAAUACGUAAAAAUAUAAUAGAAUAAUAUUAUAAAAAUAAUACCUAUAAAAAGAAACAAAAGUAAGCGACAAAAUAAAUUUCGCUAAGGACACCACAGAGGGUAGUUACGGCACUGGGUCAUAACCUAUUUGUUAGUUCAAACCCGAUAAGGAUCUAAGGAAUUUAUAAUGUCUAAAGUAUUAACUUAAAUGAAGGAUUACGUAUUAACAUACCGCUAAAGACCGAACUCAAAUGCAAAGAUUAAAUGCAACAUUUAUUUUCGAAACUUUGAACUUGCAAUCUUUAGAAUGACAAUAUGUAUGAACUAACAUUAGACUUCGAUAGACAUACAAUAAAAUUGAUAAUGUUAAGUUAUUUAAUAUAACAUAUAAUAAACACAUAAUAUCAGAACUUCAAAAAGCUAUAAUUUCGAAACUAAGUCCGUCCGCUCAAUUUUGAAUUCACCAUCGUUCUUUAAUCGAAAAUAUACAUGUUAUGUUCAAAAUAAAAAAUUAAAAAAUUAUAUUUGUUCCACAUAAAAUUUUACUCAAACGAUGUUCGUCAAAAUUUGAUAUUAAAAUUCCUUUAAAAAAUUCUAUAUAAAGCUUAAUUUUCUUUUUUUUUUUACCACAAGAUAUAAAUCUUAAAGAACCUCCUGUUAAAUUUUCAAGCUAUUCUGUUAAAUCUAACAAUUUUAUCACUGAGUACCUAUUGAAAAAGAAAUACGUAAAAACUAGCACAAUUAAAAUAUCUCUUAAUUACUCAAAAAUGGUUAAAAUGUUUUGAAAAACAUACCAUAUCUAGAAAACGAAAAUUAGUGUUUUCUGUCCAAAAUUUAAGACUACAAUAUUUUUAACUGAAUUACAACAAAUAACAACAUUUAAAAUAAUAAAAUCAUUAUUUUCGUAAAUUUUCCGUUCUUCUUACGGUUUAUCCAGGUUUUUCCCAGAUAUUAUGAAAACCGCUUGGAAAAUCAAAAAACGACUUCUUGUUCACCAACUAAAUUAAAAAUUCAACAAAAAAGAUCUCUUGAUUUUUUUUAUUGUGGUAAUAUUUAUUGUAUAAAACAUAAGUUAUAAAAACUUAAAGUAAUGAAUUAUGAUUCGUAACAUCAUAAAUUUGUCAGUUUUCAUUUUUCGUUUUUAUUUUCGGUUUUUCAUAAUUAAUAAAAAAUCUGGUCAUAAGGAUGGCCUUUAUCACCUCCCGAAGAAUACGACAUGCUGAUGAUGUAAUGGAACCAAUUAAAUGCAAAACUGUCAUGACCGAUUACGAGAAUUUUCGAUAACGUGUCCGAUAGACAUAGUCCGUACAGUAAGAAGGUCAAAACCAGACUGAAGAUUUUGAUUAAAAAAUAAUAAUAAUUUAACAUGAUAGGGUAUGUAUAUUUAAUAAUCUAUAAUAAGUAAGUAGUAUUUAAUAUUAUGUUGUAUAAAAAAUAGUUAGAUACAAAUUAAAGAUAAUAUUGAUAAAAUACAAUAUUGUACAUAAUGUAUUGAUAGGUACUUAUAUAGGUACUAAUAUAAUAAUAUGAUCAUUAUUCAAAUUCAAGAUUGUAUAAUUUUCUACAGAUCCUAGAAAAUAAACUCGAUAUUCCAACAGAAACGUGAGUGGAACAUUACCCACGUCACUUGAUUAAUUCAAUUCGUGCACAUAAUAUGCUUUGACUUACGAAAUAAAUAAUUAAGGCUGACCUAUUCCUUGCUGUAUAUCUGUCCUUUGAACUCUAUUCGGUCUUCGUAUCUAUGACGAACUAGUCUGCUAAAAAUCAUGGGACAUACAGGAAGUUUGUGAUGUACAAAUAUAUAAAUGUAUAACUAUUAAUAACAGUGUAAUAAUAAUGUUUUUAAACGAAAAAGUUACUAAAAUAAACAAAAAAGUGUUAAAAGUUCAACCAAAUGAAAAGAAUCACUUUAAAUACAUUACAAAAUAAUAGUUUGAUAUCCUCACUCUAAAUCAAAAAAUAACCCCUCUAUUUAAAUACGGUGGACAUGCAAUGCUUGACUUGAAGAAAAAGUAGUAGAAGUACUCUAACUACAUUUAAAAAAAAGUAGAGUCCCUAACAUUUUAAUAUACCACACAUUACCAUAGGGGAGCUUUAUCCCCCUUUUGCGGUUCCCUAAGAAGCAUUAAUAUAAAACCAUUAAACACGUAUCAUAUCAUAUCAAAACAGAAUAAUAUAAUGAUUAUUUAGGUAUAAUUUAUCUUUUUUCAAACCAACAUUAAAAUGCAUAAAAUAAUUAUAAACUUAUUUAUAUAAAUUAAUUAUUUUUCAUUUUUAAAUAUCUUUAUUUAAAAAAUUUCACAAAUAAUAACAUUGAUACUGAGUUAAACGAAAUAAUAGCAUGUUAUUCAAUGAUAAUACUAUACUAGUUAUACUAGUUAUACAUUAACAGUAUCGGAACAUUAAAUAUAUCAUAAUGUUUUAAAUAGAUAGUAAAAUAAUUAAAUUUUUGUAUCAUCACAUUCAAAUUACUUGUAAGAUAAUUUUAUUAUUAAAGUUAUCAUAUAUAUGCCACCACCAUUGGUGUAGGAUUUCAGAAAAUAUAACUUUUGCGUUUAUUUUUAAUAUUCGACGCUGAAAUUAUUCUUGAAAAAAAAAACUAUUGUUUCCAAAAAUUACAAUUUUAGUGGGUCGUCAGCAACUAUAUGCCUUGAAUGCUUGUCUACUCAUAAUACCACGAGGACACUGCUGUUGAAAAAUGUCUGAAAUAAUUAAACAUAUAUUUUAUGCAGUCGUAAAAAAUAGUUAAUAGCAUUAUCGAUAACGGUUAAUUUUCCGAUUUAAAGAUCUUGAAAAAUUGAAAAAGCCUACUUUCAGUUUCGUAAAAUUAAACAUAUUUUUCGAAUAGUUAAAAAAUUAAUAAUACCUAUUUAAAAUGGUCAGAUAAUAUAUUAUAUUAUUUCCACCGCUUUGAAAAACAAGAGUCACUAUAAUGUUAUGAUACUGUUAUGUGUACACAUUAUAUUGUUUUAAAAAAAAAACAAAUAUAUUUUGCUCUGGAGAUAUAUAAAUUUAAAAAAAAAUAACAUUUUAUUAUUAUUUACUGUAAAUUAAUCAAAAAGCAAAACUUUUUUUUUAACGGGUAAGAUAAUUUUAAAAACCAUCUGACGCGAUUAUCUCGGGUUUUAUAUUUUGAAAUAAGCUAUAUAUACUUAAGUAAUCUCAAUGUUAACGUCAGUCCAAAGAAACAGAAUAAGAUUUAAAUUCUUAACGUGGGUUUAAAACGAUGUAAAAGCAUUUGUUAAAGUUAAUGUUUUAAUAAGACAAUUUAUAAACAAGAUAAUAACAGUAAGUACAACAUUUGUAUAUUGUAAUAAUAAUAAACUAUAGGUGCGUAAAUUAUACGAACAACAUAAGUAAGAUUAUUACAAAAUUAAAAUCGAAUGAUGUAUAUAAAAAUAAUAAAUUAAAAUUAUUUUUAGAUAAUAAUUGAUCAAAUUCCUGAAUUUUAUUUUAAAUAUCACAUAAUUUUGACGUUGCAUUGUUAUUGUAUUAAUUCGAGAUACAAUCAGGGGUUUUGGAUUAUAUUAAAAUAUUGAACGUUAGCUUAAUCCAUGGUUGAAUCCAUGUAUGAAACUCAUACCAUUUCCCUCAUAUCUAUUUUUACCGUGCUUUAACUAACUGGUAUUCUCACAAAACAUUUUAACAGAAACUAGUAUCGUAAACUUUUUAAAAGUUAAAACUUUAAAAAAUGAAUCAAUCAAUGGAAGUAAUACACUGUACCACUGGUACAACGCUUCUUCCAUCGUGCUAAUCAUGUAACUAUGCCCAUUAACACUUAUCAUAUUCUUACUGUUCCCUAGAGAACAGACUACCACAAAUCUUUAAAUAAAAAAAAACAUAACAAUUUUAAAUUGUUUUCUAUCCAGACAUAAAGUAUACCAAGCAUUAUCACCUGUAUUCAUUGAAAAUACUACUAACCUACAAACUCUAUGACUUUCACAGACUUUAUGCUAGAUGAAUAACAUCAUUAACGAACUAUAUUUUCAAUGGAAAAUCUAAAAUGUUUAAAUUUAAAAUGAAAAAAAAAAGACGUCCUACAAUAAUGGGGUCGGGUAUAUCCAUUGUUAAAAAUAAUUUAAUGUAUAUCUGUAAGCAACGAUAAACCAUUGCUAACGAAAAAACGAUUCUGAGCGCAGUUCAGUUAAUAAGUUUUUCAAAAAUAUAUAUGUUAUAUUAUAGUAAAAUAAUUAAAUAGGCAUUAUAUAUUUUCUUUAAUAAUAUUUUUUUAAUAAUGUACCGUUUUUCACGUUUUUCCUGCGUUUUUCCCGAUUUUCCAAUAUUAUUUCUCGGUUUUUUACAUAACUCUUUAGAAAACCAAAAAAUGGCAUCUUUAAAGUACCUCCUCAGUCAGAUUUCCUUUUAGAAAAAAGUGCUAUCAUUGUAAAUCGCAGUAAAAUUGCUGGUAGAGAAGUUUUUUACAAAUAAAAAUCGUAAUAUUUUACUAAUGUAUUUCGUACAUUUUCCCGUUUUUUUUUCCGUUUUUCCACUUGAUACAUCGGAGCAAGAUUUUUGGUAGUUCGCACAACAAAUCUAGGGGUAUUUUGCAACUAAAAUAGUCCAAAAGAGCAAUGGCUAGGGUCUCUAGGCACACCCAAAAUGAAUUUGUUUUUUCCUUUUUUAGGUAAAAAAGAAAAAAAGCAAUUUUCUUCGAAAUGGGUUCGAACUCACGAACCCUAGAAAGAAAGUAGGUAUGUAUAACCAUUCAGCUACGACAAACGUGUUUUAAAGAAAACAAUGUUUAGUUAUUUAGCAUACCUAACAUGUAAUAUCAGAACGUCAAAAAGCUACAAUUUCAAAACUUAAACAGUCCACUCAAUUCUGACUUCACCAUCGUUUUUAAAUAGACAAUAUAUAUAUUAUGUUCAAAAAAAAAAAUUGAAUCAUUAGAUUUUUUUCAUAUAAUUUUUUACUCGGCGAUUUUCGUCAAAAUUUAAUAUUAAAAUUCCUUUAUAAAAAAAAAUACUACAUUUAACUCAAAUUUUCUUUUUUUGACCACAAAUUAAGAUUCUUAAUGAACUUUCAAAGAAAAAAUUAUCAAGCAUUUCUGUUAAGUCUAACAAUUUUACCACAGAGUACCUACCGAAUAAAAAUUACGUACAAAACUUGCAAAAUUAAAAUGUCUAUAAAUAUCUAAAAAAUAUCUUAAAUUUGUUUUAAGUCCAUACAAUUGAUACGAAUAUUUUUAACUUAAUUUCAACAAAAAUAUUUUAUUUAAAAUUAAUUAAUUAAAUUAAUUAAAUUAAAAUUUCUAUAAUAGGUUUAAAAAUGCAAAAAUGUUUCAAAAAUUUUACCAUAUCUAGAAAAUGCAAAUUUAAGUUUUCUGUCAAAAUUUCAAGCCUACGAAUAUUUUUAACUAAAUCACAACAAAUAACGAAAUUGAGAAAUAAUAAAAGCAUUAUUUUCGUAAAGUUCCUAUUUUCUUACAUUUAUCCUGGUUUUUCCCAUAUAGAUAUUAUGAAAAUCGCUUGGAUAAUCAAAAAAUAACCUCCCAAAAGUACCAUCUGGACAAUAUUCACUUUCAGAAAUGAUGCUGUGUGAAUACAAUAUCUGAGCAAGUUUUCUGAUAGAAUUUUUUACACAGUAUAAAAAAAAUAAAAAAACAAAUAUCUUAGUUAAACCAAUACAUUCUUCGCUACACUCAGAAUCUAAAAUAUUAUGUGUAAAAUACGUAUAAAACAGUAUAACAGUAUUAUACAUAUUAUACAUUAAUGCAUUAUACCUACCUAACUCUGCCUACCCCCGUUGUGCAAACAGCGGCGGUUAUAACUGAUUUUUAAGGAAGAAGGGGCUAAAAUGACAAACAAAAAAUAAAGGGCAAGGUUCACAUUGGAAUUUAAAAUUAAAUUCAUAAUUAUUACCAUGAUUAAUACUAAUUCAGUUAUUAAUAAUAAACAAGUCUAAGGGGAGGGGGCUAUCCACCUAUCGCACACUCUUAUAACCGCCAUUGGGUGAAAAGUAUUUCCUGAUUUUUCAUUAAUGCAGAAUCCUAAUAUAAAAACAUCAUAUUAUCUUAUUAGUAUAUAUCUUAACUAAAAUAAUAUAAUUAAUUACACCGAUGUAAUAAGUUAAAUUGUUAUAUGACAUCACAUAGUGUAUCUUACAUUAUUAUAAAUCAUUGUUUUGUUCAGAAUUUUAAAACCGUCCUACAAGAUGACAACAAUAUAAAAUAUUGUUUUUUUUUUUAUAUAAAUAUAUGUAAUAUUUAUGAUGUAUUUAUAUAUAUAUAUAUACACACAACAUGGUUUAGAUUAUGAAUGUGCUCCCUACAAUGAAAUAUGUAUUUUGUAUUUUCCUUUAACGCUUUUCGAGAGAAUAAAAUAUAUGAAUCAAAUUCUCUGAAUGACGGCUGUAUGUAUAAAGAUAGUAAAUUAAACCUACCACGGUACUUAAUAGAUCAAGAUUCGUCGUUUUUUCCGCAUUUCUUCACAUUAAAAAUAAUAAUAAUAAAGUCAACGCAGUUUUUAAAUUGUUUUUUCAUGUUAACCGUGCACAAAAAUAAAAACAUUUCUAAGUUAUACAAAAUAUUUAUUAUACCUUGGUGAUGUAAUUAAAAAAUAAAUUAAAUACUCUCUGUAGUAAUAAAAAUAGAAACGAAAAAAAUUGACAACCAAACAACGAUCGAAUUUCAAUUCAAUUCUUUAAAUUUAUAAGGCAAGAAAUUAGAAGACCAUAUUAUUUUUAUCGUGUAAGCAUUGUUUUUUUUUUUUGUCGAUUACUUAAUUUUAAACGAAACAAAAUAAUGUUGAGCGCGAAAAAUCAAAAAAAAUAAUGAGUGGUUAGAUCUAUAUUGGUAAUACGUUUUCGCGCUACGAAGUAGUUUUUAUUUGACGUCCUUAUACCAAAAUAUACUAAAAUAUAGACAAAUAUACUUGAAGAAAUCAAAUGACCUGUUUCAGCAAGCAGUAUUGAGGCCUACUAAUUUAAGCUAACUCCCGGUCGUAUUUAUUUCUAGAGAUCCUUCAGUCCCCAACAUUUUUAAAAUAUUGUAAUUUAACUACUUCUGCAUUUUGUGCGCAUGGUAUUAUACAUGGUAUUGUUUAGACUUUAGUUGACCGACUGCAGUCAAAUAUCAAAAUAUAAUUAUGCAUUAUUAAUUGUUUGAGCGAGUAACAAAAUACUGAAAAUUUAAAUAAUUCUGAAAAUCGUUAUUGUACACAUAGCAUCCAUAAAUAACGUACCUAUAAUAUACCCACCCAUGUCCCCAUGAAAUCCGUUAUUAUUUUUAGAAAUAUUAUCGAUCUAUGACACCAACUUCUCUAAUCGCACACAUUUCCAUGACCUUUGAAUUUUUUAUCUAUGGCCUUUAAAAAAAACAGAUAAGAUAACAAACGUUGGAGGAGAGUGUUAUACAUAUGUUUUAUAGUUUAGAUUCUAAGUGGAGCGAAGAAGCUUAUGGUAUCACAAAGAUGUUUAUUUUUUAUUUUAUCCAUUCGCAACUUUUCUACCAGCCUUGCUCCGAUAUUUAAAUGUAGCACCUUUUCUAAAAAGAAAUCGGUGUGGGGAGGUACUAUAGAGAGGUCAUUUUUCAAUUUUCUCAUCAAAUGUGAAAAACUGAAGAAAAAACAUGGGGAAAACGGGAAAACAUAGGAAAAACGGGUCGGUAUAACAUUAAAUAAAUAAUAUUUAAAAAAAUAUACAAUACCUAUUUAUUUAUUUGACUAUAAUAUAAUAUAUAUAUAUAUUGUUGACAAAGCAUCACUAUCAACUAAACUCCGCUAAAAAUCGUUUUUUAAUUAGCAAUAGUUUAUCGUUGCUUACAGGUAUACAUUAAAUUACCUAUAACAAUUGCUGCUCACCAACUUAAUAUUUUAACAUUUCACUCGUAAUCUUUUAGUGAUCCUAAAUCCUAGCGUUCUACGGUAGUUUUCUCUAAUUGUCCUGUAAUCAAUACGCUUUCGACACAUCUGUCUACCUUCUUAUUCAUAUUUUCUUGAGAUAGCCUCGUGAUCGUCUCUUCUUUUCUUAGAAUAUAGCCGAACCAUUUCGACCCUUGGUAAAAUUUGUUACUGGUCCCAUGUCCUGAUUUUUGGCUAUUACCUUAUUUUGCAUACUUCGCUAAUUCACUAACUCUAAUUAUUUACCAUUUCGUUUUUAUUUAUUAUUAUGAGAAUCGAUAGACAACAUUGAUUUUCAAACGCUGUUUGACAUAAUUUUUUAUACCUAUUAUUCUUCGUUACAGGCCACCCAAAUGUGAAAUUGUUCAUAUCGCACGGCGGUUUAAACGGAAUACUAGAAGCUCUGUAUUCAGGCGUACCUGUCGUCGGCAUACCAAUGUUUGCAGACCAGUUUUCCAAUGUAAAUUAUAUCGUCUACAAUGAAUGCGGAUUAAGAUUGUCACUAGAUCAGAUCGACGAAGAAACAGUUUACGACACGAUAUCCACAGUGCUCGAGAACGACAAGUAAGCGUGACCGCGUUAGAAUUUGUUAACCAUUAUUAUCUAGAUAAUAAUAUUAUAAAAAACUAAUCGUCCUGGGGACAUAAUCGUAUCUUGAAAAAUAACGGACUAUAGGGGAAUGAUGAACCAACUGAAGAAUUUUUUAAAACCGACAUUUUUUUUUUCUACGAUUUUUGACUUUUGAGUUACCACUAUAUCCAUUUUUUACAUUCCUUUAAAAAUAAACGAUUUAAUUUUUUUGGCAAAUAGAUAUCGUAAUAUUAUUUUAAUCCCCGGUUGUGGUAAAAAUAUAAUAUGAUGCAAUACGUGAUUGAAAGAAAAUCAUUGCAUCUGUAUAAUUAGGUCAAACACACAUUUCAUUCCAAACCACUGUUUCGUGUUAACUAUUGAAAACAAAUUUCAAAUCAAUGCACUAGAGAGGUUUUUAGACAAGUUUCUAAAGUAUAAUAACCACACAAGUCAUACACUUCAAAAACGUUUCUAUAUCGUUCAUUUUCUACUAUCCGAGUAUUUUCGCCAUGGCAAUAGUUGCAAUUGUUUGGAUUUACUCGAUGAAAUAGCUGUUUUUUUUUUUUUAUUCUUUUUACAUAGCUUUUUUAUUUUAUAUUAACUGUAAAAAGCAUAGGGUACAUAUUAAAUAAUAAUAUUUAACGUAGGAAUUCCUGUAAAAAAAAAUUGAAUUCACAUGUAUAUUUUUGUUUGGCUUAGUAUAAAAUGUUCACAUCCUUCACUUCUCUCCAUCUGUCUCAAUCCGUAACUAAAUCUUCACUGUUCAAGAUUCCCAGCAUAGUUAGGACUUUAUGGACUCUGUCUAUCCAUCUUUUUCUUGGACGACCAAGUGGUGUUUUGCUCUACGGUCUCCAGCUGGUGACGUGGCCGGUUGUCUGUUCUCAAUAUCGUCAUACAUGCCCUGUCCAGCCUAUUAUUUUAAUUUUCAUCAUGGAAAUUAUUUUUGAAUCCUCUAACAUACGUUUUGCCUCUUUGUUCUUUUUUCGCUCGUGUUUUCCCGUGAUUUGGUUUCUUCUAGGGCCAAAAAUGUAUCGUAACAUCUUUCUCUCAAAUCUCGUUAGGUUCUAUUGUCUGUUUUUUUUUGUAGCCCAGAUUUCACAUUCAUAUAAUACUAUCGGGUGUAUCAUUACUUUAUAUAAAGUUAAUUUAUGUCUGAUUGAUACUAGUAUACUAGUUUAGUACCCUGCCGCUGACUACGAACCCAACUCCCCUUUCGUAUCUUACCUACUGUAUAUCACUAUAGAACCACAUAUGGGUUCAGUAAUUAUUGUAAUAUGUAUAUAGUCGAUAUACAGACAGAUUAUUGUAUACCUACAUUGAAAGUAGUGGACUAGGUACCUACUAGACUACUAUAUUACGCGAUUUUACCACAACUUCGUUGACAGCGAUAGGUUCGAUUUUGUAUGUAUUUCAAUGACCGAAUAAGCUGAGAUAGGAAACAAAACCAAAUCGAAUUAUUUGAAUAUUUGACCUACCUAGCUGAAAUGAUUCGGUAUCAGCGAACGACACACGUAUAUACCUAUGCUGUAAAAGAAAAUCCGUAACCUACCUAUAAAUAUUUCGAAUUCUGUAUGAUGUAUGCCGUCAAUAUCUGCAAUAUCAGUAAUUAAUAAUUAAUAAUAUCGUAAUGUUGAUUUUAUUUAAAUUGGCCAAGUCGAGUUUACAAUUUUAAAGUGAUUUUGUAUUUUUUUUUCUUCAAUACAUCACCAUAAAUAAGAAAGGUGGUCUUAAAAAACACUUCCUCUAAAAAAAAAAAAAAAAAUUUUAGUUAAACAAAUAAACUUUAAAAAAAAAAUUAUUCUAUUACAUCCAUUUUGACGUUGUAACUAAUUAAUAAUUAUUAUCAAUGUCAGACACACUGUGUCCUUAAUCGUUUCCACGCAUCAUUACAUACUAUUUGCUUAAUAUUAUUACAAUCAUGCUAUAAUAUAAUGCGGUUUCACUUCAAAUAGAAAUUUCAUAUUUAACAUCAAUAGCGAGCAAGUACAAACAAAUAAGUAAACAAUUUUUUUUAUCCUGUUCCAAGCAAUUAUCUACAAAGAUUUUGCUUUUAUAGUCUUUUUUAUAGAAUCUUUACAAUGGUUUACCCUUUCUCAGUAGGUACUCCUCUGGUCUAAAUUUUAAACUAUUUUAAACAACUAUAACUCUUAAAGGAACGAACGAAUUAUCCGAUAAAAUCAGUGUUAUCCAUUUUAAUUUAAAAUGUCUUUUCAAAUGUAUGUUAAAAAUGGAGGGGGGUGAAUAUUUGAAAAUUAUAAACAAGUUCAGUGAAUGGUUUUAUAAAUAAAAUCAACUUAAACAAAGACAUUUUCAGGUUAUUAUUGAAUUAUGAUGAAAAUAAUAAAAUUACCCUACAUUUACGUUAUAUAAUAUAGUUACAUGUCUUUUGAACCUUGUUUUAAAUGCAUUUCAAAAAUAAUGAAAAAUAAAUACCCACAUAGAUCUAUAGAUCACAUAGAUCAUUAAAUCUUAUUAAUUUCAUAUUUCUAAAAAUACUAAAUAAUAAUAUCACAAGUGUUACAUAUUGUAUACAUUUAAUUAAACAAAGAACAAUUUUUUUUUUUUUUGUAACCAAAGGGACCUUUAAGUGAGAACGAACAAAACUAACAAACAAACAAACGCAACCUGCGCUACGUUCACACGGGGAACUUAAAAAUGAGUUUUUCAGCAAAAUAUCUUUUUACCAACAUCGAGUCAUUUCAAAAUGAUAAAUGACAACACGAAAUUCGUCACUAUAGCUGAAGGGCAUUUUCAAAUGUAUUUAACUGCCCAUUUCAAAACAACCACUUUACCAUCAGUACUUUUACAUUUACGUAAAUGAUAAAAUGAUGACAAGAUCUCCCCCCAGCAUCACUGCAAUUGGAUAAUUAAGUGCACUGGCGUAUUUAGGAUUUUGCAAAGGAAAAAGUCAUUGAAUUUAGAAAUUGUGCUAUAUCGAAAUAACGUAAUGAUACCCACUAAAAAAAAAAAAAAACGAUUAAUUUUUAAUUUAUAUAUUUUUGUAAGUAUUUUAUAAUUCAUUUUGCCCUAAAAUUAUCAUUGACAUCAAAUAAAACGUAUAUAUUAUUAGUUAUAUGUUAUUAUUUACUUCAUAUGCUAUUUAGAUAUUAAUCAGAUCGCUUUCAUAUUAUAAUAUUUUGGAUGACUUUUGUUUUAAACAAGACAUAUUUACUAUACGCACCAACGCAUAAUAUGGUUAACUAUUCUAACUAAGUUAAUGCAAUUUCAAUUUAAAAAUAGUAGUCAUAAUAUUUAGGUUAUUUUAUACACUAUUUUUUUUUUUCUAAAAUCAUUAUAUAGCUUACACAGAAUACCGUGAAGUUUUAUCAAUAAUACAGAUCAUAAUUUCUUGUAAAAAUUAUAUUUACAGAGACAAAUAUAUUAAAUUAUUUCUUAAUUAUUGUAUGAAUUAUAAAGCGUAAUUGUGUACUCAUUCGUUAAAAAUAUGUCUUAUUGAAUAGCACAUUUUUUAAAAACCUAUUAAAAUUAUAUUUUGUUCACUUUUUUUUAAAUAUUAUAUAUAUUUGAAAUUUAGAAUUAAAUUAGAAAGGAAAAAAAAAUGAGUUUUAAACUCAGUGGAGACUGCAUUGAGGCCGAAAUAUUGUAAUUACGCAUCUGGGGCUAGCUAUCGCAAUGAAAUUAGGAAAAUAUAACAAUAUUAUUACAAAUACAGACACGCGGGCAUGGUGCUUUACUUAAAAUACAAUUCAUGAAUAAUAUUUAAUGUAAAUUUAAUUAUUUGUUUUUUAUUUAGUAAUUCAGUUAUUAUGAAAAACGUCAAAGCUUCUUUUUCCUUACUUGAUUAUGAAAAUUAAUUCUGGUUGCGUGGUAACUAUUAAAUAUACUGACUUAAUAUCAACGUAUUAAUUAUAGAAAACGUAGUACUUCCUGCAUUUAAAGCGUUGUGUACAGACAAUUUUCUCGAAAUGUAUAGAAAAAUGAAACUAUUCAAAAUAUAAAUGUAUUAUCUAUUUUUAAAUUAUAUACCAUAGAUACAUAAUAAAGAUUUUAAUAAAAAAAAUUACUUUCUCAAUCGAUUCACCAUUAUAUUUUUAAUUUUUACGAAAAUGAUCUAUUCAUUGAUAGACAAUCAAUGGGUUAGGUUACAUUAAUAUCCAUCGUAGAUAAAAUGUUUGACAAUAUUCGAAAUAAUAAGCGAUCCUUAAAAAAACGUAUAAAUUAUAAUGGUAUUUUUAGGUGUAGACUAUAGAUGUAUAAUUUUGUAAUAAUAUGUUGAACUUAGAUCCUAAAAAAAAAAAUUAUAAUCCUAAAUUUUACUAAAACAAUAUAUAUUAGGUAAUCUUACGGGGAUUACCCUCACCAUGAAAUGUUCAUCGAAAAAAACUAAACGCUUGAGAAAAUUGAGGUACUUCCUGUGGUUCAAUUUAAAAAGAUUUAAAAAAAGUACAGAUGUACGAUUUUAAUAAACAUAUUACUUAGGUGUUUCAGAAUUAUUUUUUUAUCAGAUCUUCUUCUUCUCGUAAUAUUGUGUUUCUUAAAACUUAAUAAUGUUUCCUUAUUGUUUUCAGAAUUUUUAAGAUCGCGAGCAUCGUUUUUAGGAAGAGAGUUGAGUUUUUUUUGUAUUUAUUUUUUAUGUAUAUAUAAUAUUUUUUAAGGAGAGAUCAUUAUAGAUCAAAAAUUAUGAGAAGAAAAAACAAACAUACUAAUAUUUUUUUCAAAUUAAAUAAUCUAAAUUAACCUCUCGUUUAGAACUUCAAAAGUACAUUUUUAGAUAAUUUUAAUAAAUCAAUCAAUUAUGUUUACAAUUAUUUAGUUUAUAGUUCAACUUAUAUAGAAAAGACCAAAGUAUGGUUUAUGUAAAUUGUAGGUACAUAUAGCUGAGUUAAAAUACAAAGUGAAAAUGAAUAAUCAGAUAACAAAUAAAAUAAGUAAUAACUAAAAUAACUAUAAAAUAAUAACUUACAGUUAUUAAGGUAUAAAUAUGAAGAAAAAAUAAAGAUAGAAUACUGAAAAAAGAUAUCCUAAGAUAGUAAAGUCGGAUGUGACCACUGUUAUAAGUAAUUUAAUCUAUACCUGUAAACAACGAUAAAUUAUUGCUAACGAAAAAACGAUUCUGAGCAGAAAUCAAUUGAUAGUGAGGCUUUGUCAACAAUAUAUAUUUCAUAUUAUGGUAAAAUAAAUAAAUAAGCAUUAUACAUUUUCUUUAAUAGUAUUUGUUUACUGUACCGAUUUUCCCAUUUUUCCUACGUUUUUCCCGGUUUUCCCAUGUGUCUCCCUAGUUUUUCACAUUUGCUGGGAAAACUCUUGAGAAAAUCGAAAAAUAACUUCUUUAAAGUAGAAAAACCCCCACACCGUUUUUCUUUCAAAAAUGAUGCUACACUUAAAAAUCGGAGCAAUAUCUUUGGUAGAAAAGUUGUUUAUAGAAAAAUAAAUAAACAUCUUUGUAAAACCAUAAGCUUCUUCGCUCCACUCAAAAUCUAAAAUUCAGAAUUUUUUUUUAUGUUACAUGUCGGUAAAGAAAACUAAUGGCAAAAUAGUCAAUUUUGAUGGUAAACUAGCAGCAUUUUCAUCUAUCUUUUCGUCAUAAUUUCUUAUUAGCUAAUAAGUUAAUUUCCUUUCAUGAAAUGUUUUACUCAUCAUUAAUAUUAAUUAUUAAAUUUAUGGAAAAACAAAAAAAAAACGUUACACAAAUACGAGAUAUAAUCGACAUCAACAUCGGAAUUUAUACUGAAACUGUCAAAUAACCAAAUCCCGAUUAUUAGCAUAAUAAUAACACACACGUCAUACAAUCCAAUCAAUUAUCUACACUUGUAGUGAUAACACCAAUAAUCAUUAAAUAUACGGACAACAAAGUAGAUUUCAAACAAUUUUCCAAUGUUAUUUUAAAAUUAUAUAAAUAUCAUAAAGCAAUUUAUGAUACCAAAUUGAUAUUGAAAUAUUUUUCUUACAUAUUUACCCAAUACUCUAAAAAUAAUUUUAUUUGAAGUCAUAUCGAAUGUAACUCACUGUACAAGUAUAACCAUUCUCUUGGUAAUGAAAUGGAGAAUAAGUUUAAAAUAUUUUCAACCUUAUAUUUAAAGGUAGUAAAAGGGUUGAUUUAUCAAAAUUUAUUAAAAUAAAAUAUUAAAAAAUAUUAAUAAAAUAUUAAAAUAAAUUUAUCCAAAAAUAUAUUAUUAUUAUUCAAGUAUUAAACGAAGGGUAAAUUUAGAUUAUUUAAUUUGAAAAUAUUAUUAGUUUAUUUGUUUUUUUCUCCUCAUAAUUUUUGAUCUAUUCUUAAAAAUUAUUAUUUACACACAUAAAAAAUAUUCAAUUUUUUCAUAAAAACGACGCUCACGACCGUAAAAAAAUCUAAAAAAGGAACAUUAUUAAGCUCUAAGGAACACAAGGAGAAGAACGUCAUUUGAUAAAACACCCUAAUGUUUAUACACCUAUAAUGUUUACUUUCUAUUGGUUGAACCAUAUUUUUCAUAUUAACAUUUUUUCGUUUAAUUAUUUACUACUACUAAAAAUUUAAAAAAUCUGUACAAAUUUCAAAGUUUAUUUUCAUAAAUAAUUUUAAUAAAAUUAAAAAGGUGCCUUCGACCUAUGCAUAAGACUAGUAAACUUGUCUAUGGACAAAACAUAUUUUCAUUUUUAAAACCAAACUACUAUAAAGUGAUUAUAUUAAAAGUAAAAAAUAAUUUUCAAAUUAUACAAAAUUGGAGAAAAUUUAGAAAACUGAGUGCAAUGCACUUAAUAUUAUCGUAAUCAUUUGCUGACUAAUGAGUUACUUCAUUUUUAAAACCCCGAUGUGCCAGCGAUUAUCAUGAUAUUUCACCCCUAUAUAAUUUCUCUAGUGAAAUUUUACCAUGAAAGUCAAAUAUCACGCGGUCAAUUCUCGGGGUUACACCGGUAAGAUUGAAACUUAUAGUAACUCCUAAAGUUUAUGUCCAAUCUCGUCCGUGUUAUGACAAAUAAGAUGGUGACAAGAAACCGUCACGCCCAUUUAUAGUUUGUUAAAUAUCAUUGGAUGUAAUAUUUUGUCUCCAAAUAUAAUCUAUUAAUCAUCUCAUUGACUAAUUAACCAUAGAUUAAUCAUUAGUAGUUCUGUAUUAUUAUUUAUUAUUCUAUGUCCAUGUUUAGUUGUAUAAAAUACCAGGCUGCAGGCUGGUGAAAAAUAGAUAGAUUUCCUAAUGAUAGAUGAAUAUCAAUAUUAUAGGUAACAGUGGCAACAACAGGCACAAGUAUUUGAGAUGAAAAACAAAAUUAAAAAAUGACAAAAGAUGGACAUACUUCGAACAACGGAUGGGCCACUGUUAUAAGUGUAAAGUUGUCAUGAUCCAUGCCAUAUUAUAUAGUGAAAUAACAAUAUUAUUUGCUUUUUAUACUCUUACUUUUAAAUUUAUGCAAAUCGGUACUAUAAAUUUUAAUUUCUAAGUACCAACGUCAAAGGCUGUGUUAGAAUAAUCGAUUAUAUUUAUAGGACGAAUUUUGCUAGCGUCGCAGACUUUUUAAACGGUCGUCGUAUGAUUAUUAAUUUAAACAGGGCACGCAGUGUGGCAGAUGUCCGAGACUCACUAAUUUUAAAUCGAUACAUAUGUUCGCGACGCCGAUAAUGACUCUUUCUCCCGGGAAUACUUUCACUGUACGCCUAACCCAACCCUCCUUAUCCAAUGAUAAAUUUUCACAUCGAGUACUCUUUAGAAACCAAUUUGAGGGAAAAAAUAAAUAUAUUUUAUUGUUUAUAUACAGGGUGUGUCAGGACUAUUUGACAUUUUUACAUAUAACUUUAAUGUAAAAUGUCAAAUAGUCCUGUUACACCCUCUAUAAGUACCAAAAUAUAACGCUAAAAAAGCGGCGUCACAAGUCAAGCUGAAAACUAUCAGGGUUGGACACAAAAAUCGUCUAACGGGUCAUAAAACAACAUUAUUGUAUAACGAAAACAAUGUUUAUGAAUGACCCCCCACACCCUUGAAAGUCUUUCAUAUUUUUAAAAGACCUUUUGACAAAAUUCUCUGGCCGUGGGGAUAAAUUAUUACGGGUUUGUUUUUGCUGUGUUUUUUUAUACAUACUUUAAAGACAUUAUAAGGAAAAUAUCAUAUUCAAAAUAUUUUAUAAAACACCGUUAACUUUAUAGGAUAAUAUUAUUCUUGAAAUUUGUUUUUAUUUUUAAAAUAUGUUAUUUUACCGUGCAACCGCGCCGAUGCCUGCAGUCAGGUAUAAUGUUUCUAAUAUUAUCGUUUAUAAUGGGAUUAUCAAAAUAAAAAAAAAAUUGUUGAUUAAAUACACAAGCCUUGUUUUUAAAAAAGCUGUCCUUGAAUAAUGGGGACAUGUACAGCCACUGUUAUAGGUAAUUUAAUGUAUAUCUAUAAGCAACGAUAAGCUAUGUCUAACGAAAAAACAACUCUGAGCGGAUUUCGGUUGAUAGUGUUGCUUCGCCAACAAUAUAUGUCAUAUUAUGGUAAAAUAAUUACAUAAUAUGCAUUAUAUAUUUUGUUUAAUAAUAUUUGUUAAAUAUUGUAACUAUUUUCCCGUUUUUCCAAUUUAUUGGAAAUACUCCUAAGAAAAUCAAAAAAUGACCUCCUUAAAGUACCUUUCCAGUCAGAUUUCCUUUCAGAAAAAUUGCUGGUAGAAAAAUUGUUCACGGGGAAAAAAAAGGCCGUAAUAUAGAAUAAAUUUGCAUUAAGCAGGAACAGCUAUGUGUCAUGUGGGCCAGUUAGUUUUCAUAUUAAAAUGAAUUAUCCAUGCAACGUUGACACAGAUCUUUUAAUUUUCAAGCGAGAUAUAAACAUUAUUAAAUUUUAAUAUUUCACAUAAGUACUCAAAAUGCAAAUAAAAUUGAAAAAACCCUUAAUGUAUUAACAAGAUUCAAAAUUCUACAAAAAACUCUUGUGAAUUUUCGGAGUAUGAUUUUUAGUGGAAAGUUGUUAAAAAAAACUAAAAAACAAAACAUAGUGAAAUCAAUAUAUUGGCUCAAAAAUUAAGAGUUUCCAAAAUAUUUAUUUUAUUUAAUAUCACCUAAAUGUGUACGAUAUUAUAGUUUCGUGGUUAGCCACAGUAAUGAAGUUAAUAUGAACUUGAAAUCAGGCACAUGUACAUAUAUUUAAUUUUAAUACUUUAACAAAUCGGAGGUUCUCCUCCAGAAUCCCCUCGAGUAAUUCAUAGUGUUCAAGGAACAUAUAUUUUACAAAAAGUAUUGAAUAUCGUGAAAAAAAUGUAUGAAUUAUUUAAAUACAAGAGAAAGAAAAAAUGCAUUCAAUAGGUAGUCAAUUUUAUUAGAAUAUAAAAUAUAGUGCAGAAUAUAAUAUGUGAUUGAACACUUCUUCACUCUCUUGGGUACUUUAUAACUCUAUCUUUUUUUUUUUAGAUUCGGAGCGGAUUCAUUUUACCAUAGUAAAAUGAAUAGAUAGUAUGAUGUGUGUAUUUUUUUUCUUUCUGUAAACAACUUUUUAAACUUUUAUUGCAUUUCGGAUCUAUUUAGUAAGUAAGAAAGUCAUUUUUUAUUUUCCGUAUAAUUUUCUAAAUUAACUAAAAAAACCUGAAAAAAUGUCAAAGCUUACGGAAAGAAUGGUUUCAUUAUAUUUUCAAUUUUUUUGUUUUUGUUGUGUAGAGACUUUUAAUUUUAAUAGAAAACUUAUGUGAAUAUAAUUAUUUGACCAAAGAAAAACGCUUUGAAGUCGUACUUUAUGGCAAAAAAGAAAUUUAGUGAAAUGUAGAAUUUUUUUUUAUAUGAAUCGAAUUUUAAUAUCAAAUUUUAACGAAAAUCGUAAAUAUUACGGCCUUUUAAAACGUGUUCAAGUAUAACCGGACUCCACUCAGAAUCGUUUUUCGUUAACAAUGAUUAAUCAUUGCGUAAAAAUAUACCAUUAAAUUAUCCUCUAUAUCUUACCCUUCCCCUAAGUAUGUCCGUUUUUUUUUUUAUCACCCUCAGACCAUACACUAAAUUCCAUAUUAUAGUAUUAUAUUAUUGAUCGAUUUCAAUAUAUAAAUAUGUGUGUGUGUAUUAGUAAUACCAAUGUUCGAAAUAUAGACGACGCAUUCAUUCAUUUAUUUAUUUUAUUUUUAUUUACUAUAAAUACCAAUAUAUUACAUAUAUAUUUCUCCAAACACAUAAAUUCUUCUGAUCGCAUUGACUCUAUCAGACAUCUCAAUCCUACGUGAUUUUAAAGUUAAAAAGCUGUUUGUAUGGUUAGGUUUUUUCUUUUCGCAAAGAUUAUCAGACAUUUCCAUAAUACGAUUCUAAAUAAAAUGCGACAUGCGAUUUGCGACGAGAAUCCUAUUUCAUCAAAAACGAUUUCGUACAACCAGCUCGCAGUAUUCGGUACCUAUUUUAGGGAGAUAAUAUCAAACCAUUGACUAAAAUAAAUUAUCUAAACUAAAAUAUCGGCUUCGUCGUAUACUAUGUUCUAUGAGAGGUGUCAGUUAUUCGAUUUUAAAAAGAUAUGACUACUUCACAACAUGGGUUGGCUAUUAUUGUAGGUGGGUAGUUUGGAUGGUAAAACACAUAAAGUAAUUUAGUUAAUAUACUAUACAAAUACUAUAUACACAAUAAUAUACUAUAAAUCAUUUCAAACAAAAAACGAGUCUGAGUGGAGUAGUAUUAGUUGUGUUUUUCUCAUGUUGCCAAGGUAAUUCAAAAAUCAACAAAAUUCAAAAAUACAAAAAAAAAGUCAAAAGCUAAAAAUUUUGAUGAAUUUCAAAUAAAAUACACACAUACCCGCACACCAGGCGAAAAUUGCUUAUGUUUCAUUUACCUACUGUGAAAAAAAAACUGAGCAUUUUUGUAAAGCUUUUACUUCUUUGUAUAUUCAGAAUCUAAGUAAUAUAUCACGGUAGUUGUUAGUUUAAAUUGUUUUCUAAUCCAACAAUAAAUUGGUAUAUUUCUUUGAUAUUGUACAAUUAAUGUUCAUUUAAGUUAUAAAUUCAAAUUUAUUUAAAAAUUUGCGGUCAAUAUAAUAUAAAAUAAUGUGUGUUUGUUCGGUGUUUAUUUCAAUACAAAUAUUAAGACUCGAAUUUUAAAGCAGAAAGCAUUUUUUUCACUGUUUUUAUAUUAUUUGUUGACAUAUUUCAAUUUCUAAGUAUUUUAAAUUCGAAUUCUAUUUUAUGAGCCAAGUACAUUCCCACUAGAUAAUAUAAUUAUUGGUUACAGGUACACAACUAACAUUAAACGGUUGUCCCAAUUGUACUGGGACCGGGACCUUGACCCAAUAGACACUGCCGUGUACUGGAUCGAGUACUUGGCCAGGCACCGGGAAAAUUUGCUAACUAAACCUACCAUACCAGACCAAUGGUACGAACAAUGUUUGAUAGACGUUGCCGUCAUGAUGAUCGUAACAGCGGCCACGGCUGUAUACUUGACGAUACGCAUUUUCGGUACAUGCUACCAGACGAUUGUCGGCAGUUGAAAAACUAACACGCUAUGUUAAGUCUAUUUCAAGCACAGUUACGCAAAUAGAAUGGGUAGCUUUAGAGUAUAUAGUCCUCCAAAACUCAGCCAAGUUCUAACCUCUUAAAAAAUAAAUUCUUCAUCAAAUAAAUACUAUAAGGAUAUACAAGUAUAAUCAAUAUUAUGAGAGGGGGAGAUUAUGUCACCCCUCGACAUUUUUGAGCUAUUCGUGUUUGAGCAGGAAGUAUAAAGCUGUAAUAUAUCAACACCACAUAGUCAUGCUGUAAUAUUACAAUAGAAUUUUUACGGUUCUUAAAAUAUACCGAUUUAAGUGAUUGUAAACAUAUUUUAUUUUAUUUUUUUCUAACAAAUAUACAUUUUUUUGUUUUAUAUGUAAAAGUGGAUAGGUAGAUAGGUCCCAUCGUGUUCGACGGAUUAAAUAUAAACAGGAUUAGAAAAAUCCGUCGAACACCGGUGAGACCACUGUAGGUAUCAAAAUUCAAUGUCGGUACAUUUUAUAAAAUAUAUUAAUCAACCGAUUAAAUCAAUACUUUUUUAAUCGGUAGGCUAAUAUCAAAUUAUUAUAGUGAACCGUUUAUUAUUGAUCAUACGAUCAAGAGGCUUAGGAAGAUCGUGGCAAGGAACGUUCCUAACAAUAUUGUAAUUAUAGCCUAAAUUGGAUAGAGACCAUUCUACUUUCCAAGCCUGAUAUCUGUACAAUAUUAGGAACAAUCGUGGUUUUAUUUACUACGGUAACAAUGAUAAAAAGACAUGUUAUCUAUAAAUAAAUAUGUAUAUAAUAACAUAUAAUGUAUCUAUGAUAUGUAUGUAAUUUUUAAUUUUUAAUGAAGCAGUUGACGCAUAUAUAAAUUUGUUUGAUAAGAAAAAAUUGUGAAAAACUCACAAACUAAUGGCCACAUACCUAUGGACAGUACAUUUAAUCCUUUCGUCUAUUGUUUAACAACUAGAUAUUGUGUGAGAGAGAUAAAAAUAUCAGAUUAAAUAUGAUUAAGGAAGAAAAUAAAUUAUUAUUUCCAUAGAUAAUCGUUGUAACUACAAUGUAGUAACAUCUCAUGUUAUCAAUUACUGUAGAUAUAAUUUAUUGUUUGAUUGAUUAAAAUUUCGGAUACAACACUAUAUACGUAUAAACUAUUACUAAAAUAUUACUUAAAAACUUUUGAGGAAUAAUAUUUAUUUAAAUAUAAAAUAAUUAACAACAUACGUAUUUGUUACCUCGUUGUUAUCCCACAAUAAUAAUAAUUUUAAAUUUCAAUUAAUAAUAGUAUCUACGUAUCAUGAAGUAAAAAAUGUUUUUUAUUGUUUUUUCGAUGAUUAUCCAUAGUUGAUGUCCAUCCACUACUUCUACCUCAUUUGCUCAAUAUCUACAAAUAUUUUCUGUCUCAAUUCGCAGUAGUAAUUAGGUCUAUGAAAAACUGAAAAAUGUAAUAUUAUCAACUCAAUAAGAAGUUAUUUGUGACGUUUCUGCAACGCCCAAUCACUUUAUCGAACCGAUUACAAUAUUAUCGGUUCGGUAACUAGUUAUUAGUCGUUUAUGCAGCCCAACAAGAUAUACAUGAACAACUCAGAAAGUACAUAUACCUAUUAUACAUAUAUAAUAAUUUACAAUUAUAUUAAACACUUUUCGACUAAAUUUUUAUAAAACAUUUUCUCCUGUCCUGUCCGCUGGAAAGUAUUUUAAUUUUUUACGAUUAAUAAUAUUAUGCUCGAUAACAUGCCAUGCAUAAAACGUAUAUAUAGGUGUACUAUACCCAUAUCAUAAAAAUAGUUUGUUUUUUUUUUAAGGUUAACUGUUAAAUUAUAUUGCAUGUACCUUUAAACUGUAAUAAGGGAAAAUGCUGUCAAACUUUGACGUACUAAUAUUUUUAAAUAUUUAACGUGUUCGGUAAAUUUAUUAAUUUAUUCCAUGCAUUUGAUCAAUUUAUCAAAACAUUAUUGCGUAUCGAGGGAAAAAACCGCCCACGAAACAAAACCAAAACUGACAAACAUUUUGCGUAACGAACGUAGCUAUUAUAGUUAUGGCUAAAAAAAAGGGAAAAAUAUUAAUUCCCCACGUUUUCAAUUACGCUAAUUCGCUCUACAAGAUUUUAAUGAAACAAAAAAUAUCAAUAACCUCAUAAUAUGUAUUAAACUCGACGUGUCAAAGGUAAAUCCUGAUGAUUUACUCCAGGGGCUGACAAAUAUAUAAAAUCAAUUUGCAUCCUAAUUUUCAUUGUAAUACACAUACAUAAUUAUGAUAUUAAUACAUAAAGAUAUUAAGAUAUAUUUUUUAAAAGAUACGGACCAAAUAUUAUUAUAAUAUAGUAUUUCUUAAGUUGUUGUUUUAGUAUUUGACUUUUUAUUUUAGUUUUUUUUUAUAAUCUAUUUAUGCUUUAUGAAUUUCUUGUAAUUAUUGUCUUUUUUACCUGAUAUAUAGUGGAAAUAUUCAAUGAAAUAUACUAAUAUAAUUAUCAUUAUUUAAAUGUGGAUAAACAAAUAAAUAUAUUUUAGAAAAUGGCUUAUUAUUUUGUAUUAUUUGUAAUAACAAAUUUACGAGUAUAGUUUAAAGGAAUAUAAGUGUCAAGUAUUGUUUAAGUACCAAUAUUUAUUUGAAAAUUAUUAAGUGAUUUAAUACUUAAGAUAAGUUAUAUUUAGACACCCACAUAUGAAAAUACUGAG